AUGCAAGGUAUUUCUGUUAAGUCUUUCCAAAACACCCUCCCCCUUCUAUAAGGACUUAGGUGUCACCCAACUUAAUUAUUCCCUCCAAGCUCGGUUUCCAUUGUAGGGCAAAGGGAUAAAAUGCAUUUACUGAUCACAUCCCCAGUCAUAGCAAUUUAACACUUUCAACUUAUCAAGGUAGGAUUAUGAUGAAAGAUACAAAUUAACUGCAAACAGUUCUAUUGCAAUAUGUGUUUGUACUUUCAAUAUUUUUUUUCCCUCCUCCUUGAAGAUCUCAGAAAAGCAUUAUGUUUUCCAUUAAUCUAGAGGUGGUGAGGCUUAAAAAGCACUGUCACCAUUCCAAAUCACUGUGGUUCACCACAAAAGCUCAGCUCCCUGCAGCCCAAUCUAAUUUUCCACAUGGGCAAAGAUGACCAAGGAAACCCAAAUCCUGUGCAAAAAGAAGUUGGCCUGGGAAGUUAGGCACACUUGCAUGUCCUUUUGUAUUUUGCUAUUUUUAUUCCUUUGGACCAACCUUUGGCACAUAGCCUGUGAGACCAAGACUGACUGUACCUUUAGUUCAAGGGUGGCUAACCUUUUUUGGGCCAAAGGGCUUAUAUGUCACUGGUGGAUGUGGCCAAAAGUGGGUAUGGAUGUGUACACACAGAUACACAGCUCUCCCCUUAAUUGAUCCAUGAAGAGUAGCUGAGGAAGGAGAUUAUUGCCCCCUCUCCAUUCAUCAAUGGUUAAUACGAGUAUCCUAUUAAGGACUACCUCCUUCCCUCCCUCCUUCUUGCUAUAUACAUAUAGCCAUUCCACCCAAAUCAGUGGAGUCUUGGGGGGCAGAUCAGGCCCCAUAACUGGUGGUUGGCCCCACCUUUUUAGUCAAUAGGUAAAAUAAAUCUAUCACCCAAUGCUUUUAAAAUAUUUCUGGCUAUUUAUUCUUUGAAUCUAAGAGUUGGUCUCGGACCUUGUUUAAUGUCUCUCCCCACCCCUUCCCAAAAUAAUUUAUGCCCCUGUUGUUUGGAGAGAGGGAGAAAAAUCCAUAUAUGGCAGAUUAACCUCCACCACUGUGUUUACUCUGGAAAGACAUUUAGGAGUUGCAGAUCUCAUUAGCAUUUUCAUUUGUUGUGGAUCUGAUCUGAUCUUAUUAUCUCUGUCUCAUAUAAUACUUGCAGCUUUUCCUUUAGAGAAAACUGUGGGGGUGUUAACCGAGUUUUGCCUUUUUAAUACUUCCAAGGCAUAAUUGCCACAAGCUUUUCAGAAAUCUGCAUGUCUGACUAUUUAAAAAACAUCAACACUAAUAUUCUGUUCAUAUCGGCCCUCAUGUGUGAGAAUCACAUUGAUCAGAAAGGAAAGUCUUUUGGUCUAAGCCUUCGUACACAGCUUGCUACAGCUUCCUUAGCAACAGAGUUCUGGUGCAGAAUGGGGCCAGGAUAAAAUUUAUAAUGCUCAAAUCCUCCCUGACAUUUUGAAAUGUUGUCUGCCUCAUUGUGCACCGUACGACCUAUGUGCUGGCACCAAGGGAUGCUGUUUUGUGCUUUCGCAGAACUCAAUGUGAAUUUUGCCAUUGAAGUUUAAUGGCACCACUAAAGCUUUGAUUGGAAACAAGGUGAAAAUACAUGCUCCCACUGGUUUUCUAUAGGGAUAGGAAGGCUUGUUCUCCUUUUAAAGGUUCCUUCAUUGUAUCCUUUGUGAACUAACUAUCCCUUUUAUACCAGCUGAACCUUUUCCCGUGAAGUUUAGCACAAUGCACUCACUGGCCUGACAAUUAAUGUUACACAUUUAGAAGCACUCAAGUGGUUUUUCUCCUGCCAUUUUGAUAAUGAACUAUGGAUGUUUCUGUAUGUCACCUUCCUUGGUUAGCUGUAAAUAGCUAGCAUGCUGAGCCACAUCUCCUGGAGUCUCAAGGUGGAAGUAGCUAUAGUGACCUUCUAGUGUGUCGGUUGUUCCCAGUUGUCACAGCAAAUGGAGCAGGGGUUUGCCAAUCAGAAGGUUGGCGGUUUGAAUCCCCGCGACGGGGUGAGCUCCCGUUGCUCUGUCCCAGCUCCUGCCAACCUAGCAGUUCGAAAGCACACCAGUGCAAGUAAAUAAAUAGGUACUGCUGUGGUGGGAAGGUAAACAGCAUUUCCAUGCACUCUGGUUUUCGUCACGGGACACCAGAAGCAGUUUCAUCAUGCUGGCCACAUGACCCAGAAAGCUGUCUGUGGACAAACGCCGGCUCCCUCAGCCUGAAAAGCAAGAUGAGCACCGCAACCCCAUAGUCACCUUUGACUGGACUUAACCAUCCAGGAGUCCUUUACCUUUUUUUUUUUUUACCCUGCCUUUGUUGUUGCCUUUGUUGUCCAACUCUUUGUGUAUUAUACCCUGCCUUAGGUACACUCAAAUACAGCGAGGUUCUCCACUGCAUGUAUACUAAAUAGUUCUGGGUAUGGAUGAGUACCAAUUUGCCUUCUUGGGCCUUUUCACACUUGCCAUUUAUAGUGGAAUAGUUGCUAUUUUUUUUCUGGAUGUUUUUGCAUGCUGCCACUCCAAAAAUUGCUUUUUAUUCUACUACUACAAAAAAAGAAAACAACCCACCAGCAUUUUCAUUUGUGUGGCACGUGUACAAGCACUGUCUUGGUUCCUGUGUGGAGGAGGUAGGAGUUGGUGGGCACACCCUGGGAGACAUGCUUUUUUUGCACCACUUCCCUCCUCUGACUGGCAUAAGCUGCCAGUGUGCAAGUUUAGUUCAGAGGAAAGGAUAUGGCAGAUAGAGAUCAUGACAUUGGGUCAAGGUACUGCCUAUGACAGCAAUCAUUUGCUGCAGACAACAUUUCAUCACAAUAAGCAGGAUCACCAUAGUUCAGGCAGACAUGCAGUUCCUCUGGUAAUCUCGUAUACUCCCAUGAGUUCAGAUAUCUGGAACAAUAGGCAUUGGGGGGGCAGCCAAUAAAAGGCUAUCCCCAUGCACAUGCUCAUAACUCUGACAUUUACUUGUUUAAGGAACACAAGAGUACAUAAGGGUGGUGAACUUUUCUCAGUUAAGGCACAACUUGCCACCAGUGUGGAAAGGAAAACCCCACAUUCACUCUCAGAUAACAAUGCCAUGUGGCCAAACAACGACAAAUUCAUGCAUGAGAAUGUCAGCUCAAAUAGAAACUAUACUGAUAUAAAUUGUAAGUGCAAAAUAAUUUGUAGCAUUUAUUCAUAGUUUAGGGAAGCUGAGAAAGUCUGAGGGUCACAAAUACCUCUCUGGGAGAAGGGACACUAAAUUAUUUUUGGUUAAAAUAGUUUUUGCACAUUUAGUAUUCUUGGAGUUGCAGGUUUAAAAGGAAAGAAAAUUGACAACGAAUGUGAUGUUCCCAGACAGGGACUGAAGUAUCGAGCGUUGCUGAUUCACUGACUGGACAGUAUGCUAAUGCAAUUAAAAAUAAUUUGAAUAGCUUCUAAAUCACAACCUCAACAAGUCCUUAACUAAUCUUAAUUCAAGGGUACUUCCAGGCAAGUCUUCUGUUAUCUGGCUAUAUUAAGCUGGAAAGAAACCCUGGUCUAAAGAAUGUUCCACAAUGUGAUAUAUAGAUUCCUAAUUAAAGGAUCCUCUUAAAGAUAAUCUAUAUCUAUGAUUUAAGGUCUCGUAGAUGUAGGCAGUUCAGAGAUGGUGAGCAAUAGAGGGUUUUCUCUCUCUGUUACUUCACGAGCUAGCUAUAUUCUCCUGCAUUUUUCAGAGAGAAGGAGACAGAUAACCUGUUACACAAUAUUGCAAUAAAUCCCCAGUCCCUUCCAGGAUUCAUCUCUGUGUACAGUAUUCCAGGGAAUGGGGUUCCCCUGAUCCCACUGAUACUUAUUACAAGCUGUUAGAGGCUUAAAGAAGACCCUGUCCUCCUACUCCUGUUUUUCUGCCAGCUGUCAUACUUCAACAUUCCAGGCAACCUCAGAGUUGACAGACUGGUUUUUUUAAAAUGUGUGUGUGUGUGUGUGUUUACAAAAGCCUUUUCCAUUUAAUUUACAUACUUCUAUCUUUCUUUAUAUUUAAGAUUUAUUCUCAGUAUGCAGGGGGGAAACACUACCUUAUCUACUACUGUAUAAUAUAUUUGCCUAAGGCUGUCGUCAUGCAGCAGUUUGUUUGGCUGUCAACAGUUGGUGCUGUGAACAGAACACUGCAGCGGCAUCAGACCGCGUUGGUGGGUGGCUCACGUGAGCCAUGGAGGAACAAACCAGAGAAGCUCCUCAGCAACCAAGGAGGGAAGCAGCAGGCAGCAGGAGAGCAGGAAAUAUCUCCCUCAGCUUGUCAUGCUUAUCCCUCCACAGCUUGCCUUGGCUGACUGCCACCAAGUGCCAUAAUGUCUUCUUUCUUGUGGGAGAAGUUAUGAGAGGAAGGGACAGGAGGCCUCGUAAGCUCUAAGGGGAGGGGUGGGUGACUUGACAAGGGCUGGGGGAAACUGCAAGGAGCGGGGUCUCCAAAGGUUGAAAGAAUCAACCCUUCUCAUAUUUCCCCCUUUGAAUCUCUGAUGUUGAGAUUUGGACUGGUGGACCGGCUGACCCAUUGCCAAUUGGGUGAUUGACCAGUGGGCUGUCCUGCACAUCUAUCAAAAGCUGAUCCAGAGUGUGGGCAACAAAAAGUUCUCCACCUCUAGUCUAAUGGGUUAUUAGGGAGGGCCAGUGAGGUCAAGGGCAUGGCAGGGGGUCAGGGAUUGCAGGUGGGGUUGGUAAGCAAUGCAAGCAGGGGUGGAGCCCCUUGUAAGAGCAUCACAAGAGCCUGCUGGAUCAAACCAGUGGUCGGUCUAGCCCAGCAUUAUGUUCUCACAGUGGCCAGCCGGAUGUCCAUAGGAAAUCCACAAGCAGGAUAUGAGUAUUUGGAGGACUCCCAAUAGUCAGAGUCUUCCAAGGGCAGCACCUGGAAAAGUCGGCCUGCAUAGAGGUUGCAUUGCUCAGUGGUAGAACUCAAGCUUUACCUGCAAAAAGUCCCAAAUUCAAACCCUGGCAUCUCUAGGAAGAGUUGGGAAAUAUCCCUGUCUGAAAUCCUUGGCAGCCUCUGAGCUGCUCUGAGUACAGCUGGGUGGACCAAAAGUCUGAGUCUGUAUAAGGCAGCUUUCUAUGUUACAUUUUCCAGCUCCCUUCUGCUUUCCACUUUCUUGAAGCUCCCCUGCCUUUAAUGAAGAGUUUCCCUGUGGUAUGGCUCCAUUCCUGUCUCUCUUUCUGACCAAAGUCCUGUCUAUUUUGGAAAAAGGUGCCAAUAUUACAUUCACCCCAGUGAUAUAAUGGGACAUAAAGUGGUACCUCAGGUUACAUACGCUUCAGGUUACAGACUCCGCUAACCCAGAAAUAGUGCUUCAGGUUAAGAACUUUGAUUCAGGAUGAGAACAGAAAUUGUGCUCCGGCGGCGCAGCGGCAGCAGCAGGAGGCCCCAUUAGCUAAAGUGGUGCUUCAGGUUAAGAACAGUUUCAGGUUAAGUCCGGACCUCCGGAACGAAUUAAGUUCUUAACCCGAGGUACCACUGUAUUACAGAAGUAUGACAUCUCUUCCAGGUGUCUCUUUACCAGACUCAUGCUAGCCAUGCCAGGCCUGAUAUAUACGGUACCUACCGUAAUCUAUGUGAGACUACAAAGACAUUGAGCUGAAGGUGAAAAUCCAGGCAAGGCAACUCACUCAGAUUAUCUGUUUUUCUUAAACAUACAGACACAGGCAGGCAGGCAGGCAGGCACACACACACACACACACACACACACACACAGAGCAGCUCUUUAGGUCAGUCCAUUUUCCUGUGGCAUCAUCUGUUCUGCCUGGUCAGUGUAUUUCCUUAUAACUACAUUUGGCAGAGUUGCCUCAGAUUGUGGAAGGCCUGAAUAUCAGGCAGGUCACGAUUUCUCCAGGUUCCUAACAUUAAAUGGCUGAAUACAGGUAAUUUAGAUGAAUGGUUCUCAAAUGAUUUCAGUUCUGAGAUCAGUUGAGAACCUGCAAAAUUCAUUCCUGCAAAAACUAAAGUGAACAAGCAGAGAAAGCUUCCAUUCCAGGGAACAUAAUGUCCUCUCUUAAAAGCCCAUUGUUUCUCUACCACUGAUGCGAAACGAUCAAACUUGGCAGUGCGGCACCUUUAAACAAACAGAAAAUGAAGCAUUGAUAUCCAUUUAAUAUUUUUUGCUAUUUACAGCUUCAACAACAGCAAAGCAUCAGUAGCUCACAGACUAUGCUAUGGGCUAUUUAUAGCUAUUUAUUCCUAUCUAUUUUUGAUUCUAUUGAGAACCAUUCAAAAAUCAAGCAUGAGCAGAAUUCAGUAGUCUACAUCACAAAUGUGUGUAUACACACACACAUACAUUGUUGGCAGAGCUGCUAGAUGCUGGCAGCAUUGGCAACAAUUCAUAUAUCAUUGAAUAAAGGCUUAAAAUAGAUCUAGGAGCUUACAUGUCAAGAGAAUAAGAAUUCUCUAAAAUCAGAACCUGCGUAAUCAGCAGGUCGCUUACCUGGAACAUGUCUUUAGGAGCUGGAUGUACCCUAAUGGCGUGAAUGGCUAUGACUGCUGCUUAAUUAAGGCAGUUAUUAGCAUAAGCACUACUUAAAGGGAAUACAUUCAAAUGGCGAGGCUAUUAAGUGAUGCUUUUCCGGGUGUACAGUUCUGAACUCUGAUCUUUUCCGUUAGUCAAUUGCUAAAGUUUAAAGCUUAAAGAAAGUCAGAGGCAUGGACUGUGAAUCCCAUGUAACUAUCUGUGUUUGGUUACACAAAAACUAGUAUGGGUACAUCUUCAUUGUGCAGGAGUUACUGAUUCUGAGAAACCUGCUCAGUCUGUACUGUUGAGUACAGUGUUCAAAGCCAGCCUGUAUGAAGUCUUUAAAAUGCCCGUUCUGAAUCACGGAAUCUCAGGCACACAUUCUCACACUCCCUUAGAAUGAAAAGUGCGAAAUUUCCUCUGAAAAGGAAACAUGGCCACCAUUUGCCAUAUGCAGUGGUACCUCGGGUUAAGUAUUUAAUUCCUUCUGGAGGUCCGUUCUUAACCUGAAACUGUUCUUAACCUGAAGCACCACUUUAGCUAAUGGGGCCUCCCACUGCUGCUGCACCGCCGGAGCACAAUUUCUGUUCUUAUCCUGAAGCAAAGUUCUUAACCUGAAGCACUAUUUCUGGGUUAGCGGAGUCUGUAACCUGAAGCAUAUGUAACCCGAGGUACCACUGUAUAUGAGUGAAACUGGCACCAUAAGAUCAUGGUUCUGAACUUUAGCAAUGCAUCUUUAGGAGUGCCCAGAAGUAGAUGCUAAUUUAUUUCUCAUGAUGUAAUAUGUGUAUUCUGAAAUAAUAACAAAAACCCACAUAUUUUCUGAAGUGAAAAGUUAAAAAAAACCUGUUUAAAUUAAACAUAUUAAUUAUUUCAGCGGCAUGGAAUUUUAACAGAACUCCAUUUCUACAAACCUUUCUUAGAGAAGUAGUAUGACAUGGCCCUGCUAAUAUUAACUGAGAAGUAAGUGUUGCUACAGGAUGCAGGUGGUGCUGUGGUCUAAACCACAGGGCCUAGGGCUUGCCAAUCAGAAGGUCGGUGGUUCAAAUUCCCAUGACAGUGUGAGCUCCUGUUGCUCGAUCCCAGCUUCUGCCCACCUAGCAGUUCGAGAGCACAUCAAAGUGCAAGUAGAUAAAUAGGUACCGCUCCAGCGAGAAGGUAAACAGCAUUUCCGUGCGCUGCUGUGGUUCGCCAGAAGCGGCUUAGUCAUGCUGGCCACAUGACCCGGAAGCUGUACACAGGCUCCCUCGGCCAAUAAAGCGAGAUGAGCGCCACAACCCCAGAGUCGUCCAUGACUGGACCUAAUGGUCAGGGGUCCCUUUACCCUUUACCUUUAAGUGUUGCUACACUCAAUGGGAUUUGAGCCUUAUAAUAAUAAUAAUAAUAAUAAUAAUAAUUUUUAUUUAUACCCCGCCCUCCCCAGCCAAGGCCGGGCUCAGAGCGGCUUACAAGCAAUAAUAAAAACAAGUUAAAUGAUUACAACGUAAAAACAAAAUUAAAAAAUACAACAUUAAAAUAUUGAAACAUUAAAAUAUUAAAAUGUAGCCUCAUCGCAGAAGGAGAAGGAAAAGAAAAAAGAAAGAGAGGGAGGGAAUCAAAUUGGCUCCAAGCCAAAGGCCAGGCAGAACAACUCUAUCUUACAGGCCCUGCGGAAAGAAAUCAGAUCCUGAAGGGCCCUGGUCUCGUGAGGCAGAGUGUUCCACCAGACCGGAGCCAGAGUUGAAAAGGCCCUGGCUCUGGUUGAAGCCAAUCUAACUUCCUUAGGGCCCGGGACCACAAGGGUGUUGCUAUUUAUGGACCUUGAGGCUCUCCGUGGAGCAUACCGGGAGAGGCGGUCCCGUAGGUACGAGGGUCCUAGGCCGUGAAGGGCUUUAAAGGUCAAAAGCAGCACCUUAAAUCUGAUCCUGUACUCCACCAGGAGCCAGUGCAGCUUGAAAAGCACUGGGUGAAUAUGCUCCCAUGGCAGAGACCCCGUGAGGAGUCUCGCUGCAGCAUUCUGCACCCGCUGGAGUUUCUGGGACAGCUUCAAGGGCAGCCCUGCGUAGAGCGAAUUACAGUAGUCAAGCCUGGAGAUGACCGUCGCAUGGAUCACUGUGGCCAGGUCGGGGCGGGAAAGGUAAGGGACCAACUGCUUGAUGCGGCGAAGGUGGAAAAAUGUCGCCUUGGCUGUUGCUGUAACUUGAGCCUCCAUGGAAAGGGAGGCGUCAAGGAUUACACCCAAACUCUUAACGGAAGGCAAUGGCACUAAUUGGGCCCCUGCAAGAGAAGGGAGUUGGUCCCUCAUCCCCAUGCCAUCCCGACCCAGCCAUAGGACCUCUGUCUUCGAAGGAUUUAGUUUCAAUCGGCUCCCACGAAACCAUCCAGCCACAGCUUCCAAGCAUCUGGUCAGUGUGUUCGGGGCCGAGUCAGUGUGGCCAUCCAUCAGCAGAUAGAGCUGAGUGUCAUCAGCAUAUUGGUGACAGCCCAGCCCAAAGCUCUGGAUAAUCUGGGCAAGGGGGCGCAUAAAGAUGUUAAAAAGCAUUGGGGAGAGGAUUGCGCCCUGUGGCACUCCACACACCAAAGAGUGGUGCGAUGACAUUUCCCUCCCUAGUGCCACCCUCUGUCCCCGACCAGAGAUAAAAGAGCACAGCCAGUUACGGGCUAUGCCCUGUAUCCCCACGUCUGCGAGGCGGUGGUCCAGAAGAUCAUGAUCAACCAUGUCAAAGGCUGCUGACAAAUCUAAAAGGAUCACCAGUCCUGACCCGCCUCGAUCCAGCUGUCUACGGAGAUCGUCUGUUAGGGCAACCAGAGCCGUCUCGGUCCCAAAACCACGAUGGAAACCGGACUGAAAUGGAUCUAAAGCCAAUGUUUCCUCCAGAAACCUACCAAGCUGUUCAGCAACCGCUCUCUCAAUUACCUUACCCAGAUAUGGAAGAUUUGAAACUGGGCAGUAAUUGGAUAGGUCUAAGGGAUCUAAUGAAGUUUUCUUUAAGAGUGGACAUACCACUGCUUCCUUCAGUUCCCCUGGGAAUGUCCCCGUGUCAAGGGACAAAUUGAUAAUUUCAGCCAGGGGGGUCCGCGCAACAUCUGGACACUCCUUAAUCAGCCAAGACGGGCACGGAUCAAGGAGGCAGGUGGUGGGCCUACUAGAAAGUGUGCUUCAGAUUGCUGUCUUUGCUUUGAAUCUAUCCUCCCUGUUCCUCAUUCAUUCUCUCCCCCCUCUUCUCUGGGGCUCAUAAAAACAUAUUUACACACUGGAACAUUUAUUAUGGAGACAUGCCUUUCCCCCCUCUAGCUAUUACACAAACUGACUCCAGUGUAUCUUUAUAGCUGCACCAUGUUUUGACAUUUUCAGAGCUUUCUGUGCCAUUCUGCAUAUUAUCUGAUUCUCCGGGUUACUGCCUGUCAAGUGUGAUGGACGGCAUAAUUAAAAAUCCAAAGGCAGAUAUAAACUGACAAGACUUUCCUGCCGAUAUCUAUUCUAUCAUUUAUAUUAAAUCUGUAUCUUGCAGCGUCAUAUGCAACAAGGAACCUUUUGCUUCAAAUGUAGUACAAGGCAAAACUCUACAAAAAGGCUGAUGCAAAGGAAUUGCUUCGUGACAGAAGCCUGUCACUUGCUUCUGCUUUUACACCAUCUUAAUCAGCUUGUCUGUCAUGACAGGCUACGGAUGUUGCAAUAAAGUGAGGGUUGUGACUUUCUGCUGUUCAGACAUUGCCUGGAAAAGUUAUACUGUGGCCCUGAUCUAGAAACGUUUGCAGCAGUAAACUAUGUGCACAUAUUUCACACACUUACCUGCCAGUCAAAUAUUUAUUGUAGUCAGUUUUGUUUUGUUUUCUAAUGAAACCAGUUCACCAGGGGUAGAAGGAGAUAUAGAUUGUGUCUCCUUACUCCCCAAAGCCAUUGAUCCGUGCAUAGGUAUUUUGGAGGGCGACACAAGGGGUAUUUGCCCACCCUAGAGAGGGCUGGUGCUAUAUUAGGCCAACAAGGCAGCAGCUGCCUAGGGCGCAGACAUAUAAAAAUAUGUAUGUAUGAAUCCCAACUCACAUAGCAAUAUACACAGUGUUACCUUAGCACUGCUGCUAAAUGAAAACCAAUGCUGCACUGUGGGAUGAGAAAGGAAGGAGCAUGUGGUUAGCUAGAAAUAUGUAUCUUAUUAAAAUUGGCUCAUGCUUUGCGCCUGCCACGUUGCAAUACUUGUGGAAUUGAUAAAAUGAGCAUCCAUCUCAUGGAUGCUAUUCCAGACACGCUGGCAGUGCUUCUUUGGUCCAGUCAGUUUAAGCUAGAAUAAAAUAACAAUAAUAAAAUCAUAGUAAUAAUAGCAAUUUAUUAUUUAUACCCCACCCAUCUGGCUGGGUUUCCCAGCCACUCUGGGCUGCUUCCAACAAAAUAUUAAAAAUACAAUAAAACAUCAGACACUCCCUGUUUAGGGAAGCUUUUAAUGUUUGAUGGACUAGUGUAUUUUAAUAUUUUGUUGGAAGCCGCCCAGAGUGGCUGGGAAAACCCAGCCAGAUGGGCGGGGUAUAAAUUAUUAUUAUUAUUAUUAUUAUUAUUAUUAUUAUUAUUAUUACUUCCCUAAGCAGCGCUGCCUUCAGAUGUCUGAUGGGAGGGCGUUCCACAGGGUAGUAGCAGCAUUGCUGCAACCCACCUGGUGUGAUCUUGUGACUCAGCUGUGGGUCCUUAUCCACUGGGUGAAGAUCUAUGCAUUAGCCCGCUGAAAUCCACAAGCUCCAAUAUGCCUAGCUCAGGGCUGCAUAGUUCAGUUAUUACACAGUACAGUGGUACCUCGCAAGACGAAUGCCUCGCAAGACAAAAAACUCGCUAGACGAAAGGGUUUUUUGUUUUUUGAGCUGCUUCGCAAGACGAUUUUCCCUAUGGGCUUGCUUCGCAAGAUGGAAACGUCUUGCAAGUUUGUUUCCUUUUCUUAACACCGUUAAUACAGUUGCGACUUGACUUCGAGGAGCAACUCAUAGAACGUGGUGUGGUAGCCUUUUUUGAGGUUUUUAAAGACUUUGGUGAUUUUUGAAGCUUUUCCAAAACUUUCCCGACACCGUGCUUCGCAAGACGAAAAAAAUCGCAAGACGACAAAACUCACGGAACGAAUUAAUUUCGUCUUGCGAGGCACCACUGUAUAUAAUAGCUCUUAUUAAAGGAAAAGGUCUAGACCUAUUCUUUAAUUCAUGGAAAUAUUAAUGAAAUUAUUUUUCAGUCAAAACUAAUCAAUAUCUCAAACAUCCAGUGUCACGGGAGAGAGCUGUUUUCUCCCCCUUAUGAAAUUGUAACUCGUGUAUCUAAUGAAUGCAUUUCAAACUAGGAAAGGAAAGAGGUACUUCAUAAUUACAUGAAUGCUAAAUUACAUUUCUAGGAAAAAUAAUAAUUCACUAUUCAGAACUGAAACCAUAAGCAAGGCAUUAUCAUGGAUGGCAUAAUUAUUGUACCAGUCCUAUGAUCCUUUAACAUUAUUAAAUUCAAAAAGUGAAAGAAAGCCUAGACAUUAGCAAAUGCCACAAAAUAUGCAUGAUUAACUAGAUACAAAGAAUGAGAUGUCUCUGUUUUAAUUAACAAAAGGUGAUUAAGUGAAAGAUGCGUCAUAAGAGACAUUUUUUAUUUACAGGAUGGGAGAAACUGGUGUAAAGAAGGUUUAUCUACAGGUAGCAACUCUCAGUUGAUGGAAUGGCUCAGCAACGUGUUUUUAGGAAAUGCACUGGUAACUAUCUGGGGUUUCGUAUUAAAUAACCAGAUCAGACCACUUAGCUCAGGGGUAGGGAAUUUUGCCUGGUCAGAGGGUCAUCUUAAUCUCCCUGACCCUGGGAGGCCAAAUUUGACAAGUGGGCAUGUCAAUGACCUGAUGCCUUAGUGAUAUCAGAUGAUGCUGUGUUUUAAAGCCUCCAGAUCUGGAGGUUUAAAGAGCCUCGUGGGGAUGCUUGGGAAAGGACUUUCAAACAAGCCUGUGCUCCUUUUUGAAACUCUGGUUUAUGGAAGUUCAAAGAGCUGCACUAAGAAGGCAAAGUGGUUUCCUUUGAAUUUAACUCUGCUCUCCCCACCACUGCCCACCAGCUGACAGGCGGGUCAGCAUGCACCUUGCUCCAGCAAAGGAACAAUCUGGACCUCUUGAUGGUUCCUCAAAUGGCCUUGAGGGCCAAAUGGGGACAUCUGGCAGGUCAUGUUUGGUCAUCAGGCCAGAGGCUCUGCAUCCCUGACCUAGUCCAGCACUUUGGUCCACCUGAUCCUAUACUCUGGGUUGACUCCAACUAAGAGUAGAUUCAUUGAAAUUAAUGGACCUAUGUCCAUUAAUUUCACUGGAUCUACUCGGAGUACAACUAACUGGAUACAGGCCUGGGUUUCCAACUCCAUUUCCCAAUAGGGUGACCACUUACACACUGAUGGUGUAUAUCCUCCUCUUUUGGCAAACAGAAGACACUGGUUUGCAUAAAGUUUGCAUAGGCUGAUUUCUAUUUAUGGAAAUAGAAAAAUAUGGACAUAUGGAAAAAUUACUAUAACUUAAUCAGAGAUACAGUACAAUAGAGGGGAACCGUGUGAUCAGUUGACUUGUGUAUUUGCUGAGCCUGGUGUCAAGGUACAAUCACUGGGCAACUUCAGGGCUCCUGAUUUCCCUUCCUAGGGUUGUGCAUCUUCCGGACUCUCUCUUUCAAAAAGAAGACGCCUUCAAGUAAAGGACUCUCCUCUAUAAUGCAGGACGCAUGGCGAUGCUAGCUCCCCGAAGUCACAAAGUAUGAAGAUGACAGCCAACUCCAGUUCUCCUACUACACAGUUUCUGUUACUUGAAAGUAAAUGGUUUUUCUGCAUGCAUUUUUCGAUGUGUUCACCCUAUGGUCCUAGCAUAACUUCUAAGACUUGCAACCAUGUGGUUGCAUCUGAUCUUAUGGUUCUUUCUUGGUCGAAUUAGCACCCUUACCAGGAAGGACAGUGCAGAUUUUGUGUGAAAGGUCCUAGGAAGCUGUGCUUGCCCAUAUGGUUUGGGGCCUCUAAAAGUUAUACUACCACCUUGCCUUGAGCCCAUGGAAAAUGGUCUCUUCCUAUAGGGAUAAGGUAAUAGUUGAAGAUCUCCUAUCACAUUUAAUACAACUAAUGCAAUAUGCCCCUUUUCUUUUAUUCCAGAAGAUAAAACAGGGUAUAAAGUGGGGGAAAUGGAUGAGGAAAUUCAUUUACAGUGUUUAUGAUGUUGUUAUUCUGUCAAUGGGGGGUGAGGGAACAAAUAACUAGGAUAAGCAUUACAAGAAAGGCAUUAGGUAACAUCAGACUUACAGAACAUUUUUGCAGUCCCAUGCAGGCAUAAGAAAGCUAGAGGUUCAGUGCUUGGUGGUUGUCAAAUCUGUCCCCUGUUCAAAAACAUGCAUGUUCCAGUUUCAAUCAGUGUCCCUUGGCAGUACUUUGUAGUUUAAAGAAAGACAGCUGGGAGAUCCCUCUUGGCUCUCCUGCCACAAUUAAUAGCUCAGCUCCAAGCAUUAGUGUAACAAGGAAGAGGAAACCUAAAACCUUUUAGCGCUAUUCCUUACAUUGUGAAUAAAUCACACUUACCGUACCAUCCCACUGCCCUACAAGGCGACACACAUUUUCGCAAGUAAUGAUAUACCACACACCUCCAUCAAACUAGGCUGUUCUGAUUUAUUCCAGCUGACUCUCAGUUUCUACAUUAAAACUGUGGGUUGGUUUUGUUUUUUGUUUUGUUUUGUUUGUUAUAUUUUGGAUUUAACUUCAGUCUCAAAGGAUUUGCCACAAAGGAUUUCUAGUCUUACACCAGUUUUGAUUUGCACAGUCUGUGAAUUAUUUCGCAUUUCUCCUCUUUGAUACAUCACUAGAUAAUUAUGAAAGUAAAAAGGAAAUUAUGCCAAGCAUGACAGGUGUUUUCAAAUACAAAAUGAAACAUUUAUUAUAAAGCUUUUUCAGGCUAUGCUAUUCGAUUACCCAUGUUUCUGAUUUUAGAGAGGUUUAAGUGUGAUGAACUUCUGGUGUUUACACGGGUAACACCAGUGGAGACCAACUACCACAUAAAACAUGAAGCCAGCAAAUCUGUGUAACUUUUCAGGGAUUUAUUAGAAUGUAUGUGGCUUAAGAACAGUAACAUUAUUUCAGGUUUUCCUUCUAUGCUCACUGCAAAAAAAGGGAGGGGGCUGAAAUCUGAGAAGUAGUGAGUUCUGAUCCUAGGCUGACCUGGAAAAAAAGUCUGUGUCUCAACAUAGUUCAGUCUCAGAUUAUUGACCUCCACUGCAUUCAGGCACUUGUUCAGGGCAGUAAUGACCUUUCCUGAUUCAGAUGUAACAACAGAGAAAUAGAGCUUGAUGUCAUCAUACUGCUGACAGUGCAUGGCAGAUCUUCAAAUGGCUUCUCCCAAAAUCUUCAUGUAGAUUUUGAAUAGCAGUGGAGACAAAAUUUUAGGGGCCACAGGUGAGAGCUGAGUGCAGGCUGGGGACCAAAGGUGGACAAAUUACCCCAGAGGUACUGCUUCUCCUCUAACACCAGAUGGGGUUCAUCAACCUGAGAAGGUAGCCUAUCUAGGAGACGUGCUAAUGCACUCCAUUUCUCAGGACAGAUGUCUCACCACUCAUAAUAGCUCUGUUGAACAGCUGCUUGAAGAUGCAACAGAGGCCACAAAGUAAACCUUCUUCAUCACCAUGCAGUUGAUGUGACUGUGCACUCUAAGCACAUGUCUGGUUGGCUUCGCAUGAAGUCUUAUGGCAGUUGUAUUUUAGCCACCAUCUAAGCUGUUUCAUAGCUCCAUUCCUGGAGAACCAGGAAGCACUCUGUGCUUCACAGUGUCAGAGAGGAUACUUAGGAGCUAUCAUGCCAAUGUGAUUUCAGUUCCAUAGUGAGAUUGUAUUUAUUUGGCAGACUCCUUUCUCAUACCAUCUCCAAAAUAAAAUCUAGAUAAGUUCGUCUGUGACUUGAAUUUUGGAUCAUGUAAUUUAUGCAACAAAUCUCAGACCAGAAACAAAUCAUUCUAAGGCAACUGAGGCUGCAGUCCUAUACAUAUCUUCCUGGGAGUAAGCCCCACAGAACCCAAUGCGGCUCACUUCCAAUGAACCAUGGGUAUGAUUCACUCUUAAUCACUAAUAUUCCUCCAGCUCAGAAAAGUAUUGUUGCAUUUUUCCAGUACCAAAUGUCAAGGUGCUUAAUCUAGGAAAAAAUAAAAGAGCUUUUCAAAAGGCAGCAGAUUUAUAUUAAUGUUGAUUUAGUGACAUUUCUAGUUCAGAAUUUCAUUACUCCUCUUUCAUCUCAAGUUUUCAAAUUGCCUUUCCAACUUUUUGGCGAGACACAAUGUACAUUCCAAUCUCUGAAAAAAUAACAUCUUUCAGAUAAAACACUUCACUCUAAAUGUACAUUUUACUUCCGAGCAUUAUCCAUUCCAGACAUUCCAUUUGAAAGAGAUCAGUAUGAUUGCUUUCUGCGUAAUAUAAAUUCAGCCUAUCCUUCUUAAAACAGGAAAAUACUAAAUCUAGGAACCAAUGAUAAAUCAACCAUCACUCUAUUCCAGGGAAGGGGAAGAAAUCUGAUUCCGUUCAGUAUUUAAAGCCAAAUCUUAUCAAAUUCGCACUUUCUGAAACAAUACAAGAACUGAAACACAGCCAUCCUUUGAAAUUCACACUUAUUUGAAUUUGUGAUUCCCAACCCAACAAUGCUUACAACUGCAUAAAAAUGCAUAAAAACGAAUGUAUUACGGAUCAUACAGAAAUGCAUUCUAUUAGGAGGAGAAAUUGCUUGCAAAAAUGUGAACGUUCCAUUCAAAAAUGUAUUUGUUAGGAGAAAUUUGCACUAAAAGGUUAAAUAAUUUUCAUGAGGACUUAAAAAAAUAAAUAAAUUCACAGAUUGCUGCAGGAAUGUGGAGAACUGAAUUUAAGACUGGGAAAACAAGAAAGUGACAGAAUCGAGAUUGGCAGUUCCUUCUAUCCUCCUCAGGUACAUACCUUAGUUGCAAACUAAGAUACACUGCAGGAGCACUGCCUGUGGCUCUACUAAUGGCAAAAGCAGCAGAAAUAUGAAGUAUUCUAGAACAAAAAUAAGGAGUCUAGCUAAGACAGAAUCAGGCCAUUCCUCUAGACCUGCCUCUACCACACUGUGCUUCUGCCUGCUUCCUGGCUCUGCAGACCAUAGGGUGAAAACGCCCCAUCAGAGUAGGAAUAAACACACACUAUGCUUGGCUCCUGAAAUGCUUACAAAACAUGGUUGGCCACAUAGGAGUGCCCCUCCAGUGAAGAUGAAUAGCAGAGAAAGGUUCCCAGCAUUCUACAACUAAUCAUUCUGCAGCUUAUAAAAAUAGCACCUGCUGAGCUAAUAAUUUGAAAUUUGGCAUAUGAGAGCUACCUGCUGAGGUAUACAAAUGUGCACAUGUAAAAAUGUUUCUAUAUUUUUUAUCAUGAGAUGAAUAGGUGCCUUUUUGGGGGGAAACUGAAGAACAUAACACUUGCCACGGCAAUGCAAUUUGCAUUAAGUGAAUGUGUUCAAGAGGACUUUCAGAAGAGGAAGGCACACCUAAGACUUUUGUCAACAGACUUUCAAAUAAAACUUGAUGAACACAGUUAAAAUAAAAUCCCCCAGUUUAUGAAAUAGCUGUAUGAAAUACCAACAGAUGAUAUUUAUAGUAUUUUCAGAGGAAAGAGGCUUGGAUUCUUGAAAGAAUAACCAAUUAGGGUUUUUUCCAAGGAAAAUCUUCCCUCUGGCCCUGGGGGUGGGGGAAGUAGCAAUGGAUAGCUGUCCUGCCUGUCUGGAGCAUUAGGGGAGAGUUUGUUUCCUCAUUACCUCUACUAGGCAAGUCUGGUGGCUGCUGCUGUUUCUCAGUUCCCUCCAUUUUCUGUGAACCAAAACCAAUUCAUUCUAUGUGGCUCAAGUGCGACGUGUGCCUUGUUAAAAUUACCAAAUUAAAAUGCUCAGCAAUUGGGAGAUGCCUAUCUCUUUCCAUCAAAGUAAUCCCUUUUAAGUGGAAAUGCAAUUUGUGCAGAGCAUAAGGUCUCAAAGUGUAUAUUAGUGAACCUCUCAGACCUUAGGCAUUUCCAGACCAGAAAAAAAAAAUUCCAGGCAGCGCUCCUGUUAUGGACCUUAUUGUCUCCUCUUUUUUAGAAAUGAGUUACAGAAACGGAGGUGAACACCUGGGAAAUUAAAUCCUUUCUAGAACCUUCACGUCAUGGUAGAAGUAGCCAAAGCUCAAAUGGCCCCAAAGUUGCCAAUUUCUAAUGUCUGAAAGCAAGGGAAUCUAGGAUAUCUAGCAACAGAAGGGAAUCAGUUCUUUUUUUCAAAAGAUUUGAUAAAAUCAUGUCUGGAGUGUUGACAAAGAUAUAUAAAGAGAAUCAAAAUUAUAUAAAGAGAAUUCAAAGUUAAUUUUGGUACAGGAACACUCUUCUUUACGUUACUUCCAAUGUUUAUCUUUGAAAUUUUAUUUUUUAUUUAAAAUUUAUAUCUUGCCCAUCACCAUUAUAUGGUGCCAGGACAGUUCACAAUGUAUGCAUUACAUAAAGACCAAUUUAUCACAUUUAAAUACAUUUAACAUUCCUGUCAGAGCUGGCUCCAGGUCCCAGCUCACAGAGGACCAACGCUAGCCGGCAGUAAUGUACAAAAGUCUUUAUUGAAGUACAGUUUCCAUUUUCAAGCCGGAGUGCCCCAGCUCUACGUCUAGGGGUUAGAUCGGCGAAGCUCCAUCUGAGUCUCCGCCCCUGUACACCAGUUUAAGAUUCUAGCCUUACUCCACCUCUUACGUCUCUCCUUUCUCCUCUGGGUCCUGCUACCCCCCGGGGUCCCUUCCUUCCUGGAUUCUUCUGACGCUGACCCUCCUGACUCCUCCCCCUCUUUUCGGCGGGCUUUGGGACCUGGCUCCCUAUCCGGGCUGCCAACUGCGCCGCCCUCCUGUACAUUUGAACUUGGCGCGCGCCCAGCCUUCAACCUUCCUCUCGACCGUUUCCUCGCUCCCCGAUGGAGGCGUGGCCAAUCCUGACUCAUGUCCUCCCACUGGCAGUGCGCCGCCUGAUCCCGAUGCCUGGGACUCCUCCCCCCUACUGCACUCUGGUGUGGACGCUGGUCCUGAUUUCCAACUGCUGCUCUCUGAGUCCCCUCUGGCCCCUUCUUCCUGGGGUGUCUCCCUCGGCACCCCCCUUGCUCUGACCAAGGGGCCCCUUUCUGUGAAUCUUCCGAUUCGCUGGAAAGACUCAGAGACCUCGGACCGCUGUCAUCGCUAACAUUUCCUUCGGACUCCUCCCCCUCGCUCUCUAUUUCCUCCCUUUCCUGUGCCUCUGCUCCUGAACCCCUGACAAUUCCGAUUUAAAAGCUAAUGCGCAUGCUCCUGUACCUGUCACAAUCCUAAUAAAUUAAAGCUUAUUUUCAAAAGCCUUGCAGAAAAUAAGUGUUGUCAAUGGGAAGUAAAACUUAUCAGAGGUAUUUCAUGUGCUGUGUCAAGAGCUGCAGUGCUUUUGACCCGAGUGCUCCAAUAUUACAAAAUCUCGUGUCUUUAGCCAUUUUCUUUCCAAUUCCCAGUCCUGAAUAAAUUAAAAUGAGAAAGUAAUAGCAGAUAGGUCCUUGGGCAAGGAGAAAAGAAAACUGUUUUAGUAUGUAUGAGAGUAGCUGACAUUUUAAAGACUAGGUUGGUUGUGACGUGAUUGCAACAGGUUCGGUUUCCAAGAGGGCCCCAACUAUCACUUGGAAGCUACUUAAUGUAUAAUUUAGCACCCACCAGAAUGCAAGCGGCAUUCCUUCAGGAAGCUGCAAGAAGCCACCUAUUCUCUUCCAAGUCUAGGGAAACACAUUUUCCUGAAGUGUGUCUAGUGGAAUGGGGAGAUGUGAUGCAGUUUCAUGUCUGAAGGUCAGGAGUUUCAGACAGGUGCUCUGCCAGCAGCCCCCACCCACUGCCUCCUUCACUUGCCUGAAAGAUAAAACUAUGUUUGACAACGCUGAAACUGUAAUGGAUACAAAGCACCAUCUCCCACACCAGUUCCUUAGCAACCCCAACUGCCGGCUUCAAAGAUCUGCAAGCCUAGUAUUUGAUAGCAGUAGUUGUUUUCUAUGUAAUGGGAGACACUAGUAUGAUCUAAUGCGGUCCCUCAGACGCUGUACAGAUUUAUCCCCAGCAACUUUGUGGAGGUGCAAAUUUGCGAUCUCAUCCGCCUACCUGCGCACCAGCAUAUUCAAGUACAGUGAAGUAACUGUUCACUGUCCCUUCAGUAUGCUGGCAGACUUUCUCCCCUUGGACUAGAAUAAAUCAUAUAGCAGCAAGCCUGUGUUAAGAGAGACCCUGCCAGUAAGUUGUAUAUAACCCCUCUUUAAUAAACCUCUGCGGAGGCUGAAUGAGUAAUCCAAGUUCAACUGACAAUACUAUGAAGACUUCAGCUACAUUGCCCUGAAAAUUUAGGAUAGCUGACUUUUUAGUUACAAGUCUCUUGAGAAAGCCUCCUUUUAGAAAUAAGGCUGUUCUUGUUCUAUAUUUGAGACAGGGGGAUUCUCUCUACCAAGCUAUCUCCAGUGUUGUAAGGAAGCGGCAUUACUUUUCUUGUGGGUAAGCAAGUUGUGAAAGUGCAUUUCUGUGCUUGAAGGGUUUUCAGAAAGGGAAAUGAUCCUGCUUUUUAAUUAACAUCUGCCUCCCUAGAUAGUUGUGCUUUCUCCGUCAAUGUCUUUUUAAUGUGCCUUGGAGUUAGCAUUUGUAAGAUGCACGAAGCAAUCGCACAUCUCUUUUGCUGAGCUAAAGGCUCAGGAUUGCUAUAGGGCUUAUUUGAGCUGUGAUAUAACUGAAAUUAAUUACAGGGGAAGUAGUAUCAUUCUUGUUAACUUAAACCAAUCAAAUUUGAAGACAAAUCUGGCAGAUUUAAUGAAUGCAUAUAAUGAUGAUAACCAGAAAAGACUAGGAAAAGGGGGAGCGGAAGAUAGCUAGUAGGUUAUUCACCCAAUGGUGUCUGCCUGACCCAAGCUUGACUUCACAACCCUCGCAAAGACACACUGUAUUAACUGCCAGUCUUGCCUCCUCCCUAUGAUUCAAGUGGGCUGGCAACCUUUUUAUUUAUGGUACACAUGCAUCUUUAUCCAUAUAUAUCCAUACAAUAUUUUUUCUUUGGUAAAUGUGUGGGCCUGGGUGAAUAGAAGCAAACCACAGCGGUCCAUUCCAGAGUGCCUGUAUUUAGAAAUCCUCUACCUUCACCCUCAAAAACACAAAAGGCUUCAGAGGAACUUGCACACUUAGGAAUGCUGAUACGCUGUGCAUGCUUGUCCCUGAUUCCAUCUUCCAUCUUGUAUAUUGUUAUGUACUGAACUUCUCACCCUGGGCCAGCAGGGGGAUACUGUAGAUAGUUUUCACUCAGGUCUACAUAUGCAAAUAAGGAAUCGAUUGUGACAUUCAGUGAUUGGAUUGUUACAGAAAAUGGUUACUGAUGCAUUCUAGUGGAGCUCUAUUUAAGCAGGCUGGCUGAACCCUUCAGUUCAGUUCUGUUCUGGCCUGUGAAUAAACAAGAGCUGUUUGAAGAAUUGCUGUGUCGUCUGAUAUGUUCACCCACAACUUAACAUACAUCCAAGUAAAUUCCUAAACAGGGCUCUUGCUGAACCAGAAUCUAUUAGCUUCACAAGACAUGGUAAAAUGAAGGCGGCUUCUCUGUGCAAAUCUCCAGUGAUUUUGGUUUAACGAUUGCUCAAUUAAAUGUUUCAUAGCUAUAAAACCAUCUUGUGUUGAAAUCAAUUCUCUGGUUUCUACAAUCAAGCAGCAAGUCUCAUUUCUGGUGGCAAAUGCUUGAUAAAAAAGCAGCAUGCUGUGGAAGCCAUUCGUAUCUCUAAGUGAGCAGAUUAUUAUUUUUUUAAGUGAAUAUCAAGUUGUUCCAAAGGUUUCCAGUGGAAAAUAUUUUGACAUGCAGGAUGCCAUGAAACAUCUGUUUAAAUAACUAGCUGUCUCUGUUUAAAGUGUGCCUGUUGUUUAACUGGUUCUGAUUAUUGUGCACAGUUUGGGUGAGGACCAUAAUAUUUGGAGAUGUGCCGUCCAUUUUUAUUUGUACUAAGGAGGGUUGCAGCUGUCUAUUAAUUGUUCUCACAUUUCCUGGUGCAUAAAUUUCCAGCUUAUUUUUCAAAACAAAAUUAACUGUGGAAGAGGAACUGUGGCCUAGUUUGGGCUAUAAUUCAGUUCCAGUGACGUACAUUGGACAUGCCAAGAUUUGAAACACGGUUGCCUUUAAACGUUUGGCUUUUUCAACCUGAUGCCAAUUGCUGAUUGUAAUUUAAAGUGACAGCGGUUCAAAAUCUGGUCCCCUUAACAUUUUAUGAAGCUAGACAUCAGAAGCUCAAGGUUUUUUUCCCAUCUAUGGAGCUCACAUAUCAAAAUAAUUCUUUACUUUGCUGAACCAUUAUUUUCUAAUGACUAAUGUUCAAUAUUCACCAAUUAAUACUUUCAUAACACAAUACUUUAUCCAUGUUAGGUUCAAGGAGAGUCUGCUACCCAGCUGAUGCUGCACAUAAAGUUAAUUCUCAUUGUUCUCCAUUCAAGUUCAGAGCAGCUUAUGGUACAAUGUUAAAUACAACAGAGGAGAAACCAUACUUUUGUGUUCACCCCUUUUAAAAAUACUUAUUAUGUUGUUUCCUGCAGCAAGCCUUCUUUGUUGUACUCUGUUUUACUACAGAUGAACCCAAUGAAACUUUUUAACAGCUGCCGCAAAGGACUAUUCACCCUGUGCAAAUGCAAUUUCAGUUGGACUUUUACUUGUCUUGCACACCUAUAUACCAACAAUUCAACAGUUUCCAUUUUCAAAGGCACGUAGUUCUUAUCUUACAUUAUUCAUUAAGACAUCCAUAGUUCAUCUUGUUUUUUAAGUUUAAAAAUGUAUUUAAAAGUAUGUGUGUAUAUAUAUGUAUUGCACAAAAACAACAGCAGCCCUGCUGUGAAACUCAGGGAUGGUGGGCAGCUCCUGUGAUAUGACUGACCCAGGUUACCCCCAUUCAAACAUACACUCCCCCCAACCACAGGACUAUUGUUGCUAUUGUUUUCCGCAAAAGCUUGGCAGGGGACAGAAAUGAGAUUGAAUGUGGUGAGGGCACCCACUGUUCUACAAAUGCUACAGCCAUCUCCAACCACAGAUCUUCUUCUGAACUAUAAUGUAUCUGGACUUGGGCAUUUUUCCUCUUUGCAAGUUUUCCUUUGAAUGCUGCAGUGGAAACAGAAGUCACUCACAGACUGAGGGGAGAUCCUUGAGCCACAACUUUACUAGGGAUACAGAAGCCCUGUGAGAAAAUAGAAGGACUAUAACAGGGUUUGUUGUGGAGGAGUUGUUGUUUGUGCAGAGUAAUUACUUUACAGAGUAAUUUGCAUAACGUACAAUUAAAAAAAAUGCACACAAAUGCAAAAGAAAGACUCAAGAGCCCACUGUUUGGGACUGUCAUAAGAUUACUAUACAUUAUAUACAUUGCAAAAAAACCCCAGAAGAUGGAAUAUGAACUGCCGGAAAGAGAAAAUGAUGAUAGUAGGAGCUUUCAGACUGUAUAUUUAUUGGGAAUUCAUCCUAAUACAUCUGUAUGGAGGUUAUAUGACAUUCCCAGCUGUUGGGUUGCUAUCCUGCACUUAUAACUGAAAUUUCCCAUCACUUUUCUUAGAUAAACAAGGUGAUAAUAGCACUAGAAAGUGCAGGAUGACAACCAAAUUUUGUGCAAAUAAACAGACUGCCUGGAAGUGCCCAGAAUUUACUGAGAAAGCAUUGCACUGGUUUUAAAUGUAAGCUAUCUGUAUUUUUAUAGGCUACUGCAUUUUUUUAGCAAAAGCAGCAGAUAUGCGCAAUAUUGCUCAAUUUCUGAGGAGACUUAUAUCCCUAUGGGUUUCCUGAAAAGACAAAUCAAUGUAUGUGAGCAUUGAACAGAUGGCAUAGCAGAUGCAUAAGGGUUUGUCUUCCAGCCUUUGGCUGAAUUGGGAACAAUUAACAACAAAACAUUCUUGGAGUUUCUUCAUCCAUUGAAGGACAGAAUGAUCAGAAAAAAUACAAUCCAUUCAUCCUAGAAAUUGUUUCCUUCACUGAAGGGAUGAGGGAGAAAUAUAGCUCACUCUGCAUUUUAAUGUGAACCUACUUCAUUCACUUUUCCCAAAACAAUAUUUGAAACAAAACACGGUUAUCCUUCAAAAUUCAAAUUUCUCCAAAUUUUGCAGUGCAAUUCUCCAAGCCCCCAAGAAGCAUUCAGAAUGUAUAUUUUGUUGGAAAACUAGCCCCAUCUGGAUAGGCUGUCCCCUCUCCCUGCUCCCGGAGCUGGUUUACCGGUGAUCUGCCUCUGGCUGCGUUCCCAGACAGACCAGGGAGAUCUUGAUAUAGGUGAUAUUUCCCAGCGUGGAAAAUGCACACCCACUUCUCCCCCUUCGCAGGGGAAAGAAGAGUAGUCAGAAAUCUAUUUACAUAUUGUUUAUUUCUGACAUUACAGCUCUACAGAAAACGUGUCCGAUCACUUCAGUUUCCAUCCAGCAAGAGACAAAGACUUCCUUUACAAACGCAACAGGAAGGUCUCAAAUUACACACUGGACACAGACUCCCAAAGCCUGUGAACUUCCGGGAAUUUACUUUUCCCACAGCUUUCCCAUGAUGUCACAGCUAGCCAUAUCACAUGAUGUCAACAAGCUGGCUGUCUGCAGCUGCGAUGUUCUCAUAUUGUAACAUAUUUUAGGGGGAAGUGUUUGUAAGAAUGCAAUAUUGCCGGUAUUAGUGAAAAUAACUUGGCAAAAUGCAUGUCCGGGAAAUUGUUUUAACAAAUGUCUAUACAGUGGUGCCCCGCAAGACGAAUGCCUCGCAAGACGGAAAACUCGCUAGACGAAAGAGUUUUCCGUUUUGGAGGUGCCUCGCAAAACGAAUCUGCUAUGGGCUUGCUUCGCAAGACGAAAAUGUCUUGCGAGUUCCUGGGUUUUUUUCCUUUCCCCCUCUUUUCUAAGUCGCUAAGCAGCUUAUCAGCUUAUCGGAUAAGCAGAUAAGCGGCUAAAAGCCGCUAAAAGCCGCUAAAAGCCGCUAAAAGCCGCUAAUAGCGCUAAUAGCGCUAAUCCGCUAAUCCGUCAAUGGGCUUGCUUCGCAAGACGAAAAAACCGCUAGACGAAGAGACUCCCAGAACGGAUUCUUUUCGUCUUGCGAGGCACCACUGUAUUAGUAGAAAUGUAAACAAAAAUGCUGAUAAAAUUUCAGGGAAACUUUUAAAAAAAAAAUGCAGACUGGUGCAAAAAUGCGACAAGAGUGAAAGUAUGAGAAAUGAGAAAAAUGGUAAUUGACAGAUUCAUCCUCUCUGUUUAUCACUGUCGGUGUACCCAGUGAAUGAGUGUGUGUGUCUAAUUUCCUUAAUAAGAUGCAGCAUCCUAACAGACACUCUCUGAGGUUGAAACUGUCAUUUUAAAAUUGUGCAGGCAGUCAGCUGAAGCAGCUGAAAGUGUACAGACAGAGGCAAGAAUAUAGCCAUAAACAGGAAAAUGUGCUAUCAAUCUUAAUUCUCAGCGUUAGGAGGAAAAUAAGCUAGGCUGAACUGAUCAACACUGAUUGUCUACACUACUUGUCUCAAUGUAGUUUGUGUAACUCUUAGUGCCACCAAGUGGCAAACACAAACAACAGUAAUUUAAAUAAUAUUUUGAGUGCCAGUGUAGAAUAGAUUGAAGAGGGAAAAGUGGGUCCCUCUUGGAGUGUAAUGCUGUAAACCCCCUCAGAUUGUAUAAUUGUGUAAAUAAACCAUAUAUCUUAAAGACACUGUAGUUUCCACUAUCCCUCAUUCCAAGCAAACCAAACCCUAAGCAAGUGCCUGGAACCCCUGGAAUCUUGCAGACUGGGAUGGGGUGCAACAAUAUUAUCAGAACACUUUCCCACAUUACUUUGCCAAUUUAUGAUUUAAGAAAAUUGCCAGCUUAAGCUCUUUUAAUAAUCAUUCCCUUCACCCAAGGAUCCUGGGAACUGUAGUUUUAAGGACUAUGGAUCUGUAACGAAAAUGGCCUUGGCCCAAUAUACCUGAAGAAGCAUCUCCACCCCAGUCGUUCUGCCCGGACACUGAGGUCCAGCUCCGAGGGCCUUCUGGCGGUUCCCUCGCUGCCAGAAGUGAGGUUACAUGGAACCAGGAAGAGGGCCUUCUUGGUAGUGGUGCCUGCCCUGUGGAAUGCCCUCCCAUCAGAUGUCAAGGAAAUAAACAACUAUCUGACUUUUAGAAGACAUCUGAAGGCAGCCCUGUUCGGGGAAGUUUUUAAUGACUGAUGUUUUAUUGUGCUUUUAAUUCUGUUGGGAGCCACCCAGAGUGGCUAGGGAAACCCAGCCAGAUGGACAGGGUAUAAAAAAUUAUUAUUAUUAUUAUUAUUAUUAUUAUUAUUUCAACAGAAGCGCUCCUAAACUAGAAUUCCCUAGAUUCCUCCAGGACACUGUGACAAUUAGACAGCAACCACAUAGACACCCACAUUUGGGGGAAGAACUGUAGUAGAGUGGCCUUACAUUCAGACGUUCCCAGGUUCAAUACAGUGGUACCUCUGGUUACGAACUAAAUUCGUUCCAGAGAUCCGUUCUUAACCUGAAACCGUUCUUUACCUGAAGCACUACUUUAGCUAAUGGGGCCUCCUGCUGCUGAUGCGCCGCUGGAGCACGAUUUCUGUUCUCAUCCGGAGGUAAAGUUCUUAACCCGAGGUACUACUUCCGGGUUAGCGGAGUCUGUAACCCGAAGUGUUUGUAACCCGAGGUACCACUGUAUCUGGUAUCAGCAGGUAGGGCUAGGAAUGGCCCCCAUCUGAAACCCUGAGAGCUGCUGUUAGUCAGUGUAGACAAUACUGAGGUAGAUGGACCCAACAGUCUGACUCAGGAUAAGGCAGCUUCCUAUGAACCUGUAAAUCCCAUGGAACAUGGUUGGACUUCUUGUUAGACUAAGAUUAGUAUAAGCUUGCAGUGUUAGAAACAUGCACAAGCCAAUGUGGAUGUGUAGUGAAUAUCAGAAUUAGAGAUGUGAAUAAAAAUUGGGGGAAAAGUGAAUGGGGGGAGUGUUCAUAAUUUUUUUCCAUUUUCACCCCCCCCCCCAUAUAAAUCUGGAUCUUCAGAAUGUCUAGUAAAAUGAGUCCAAAUCAGCCUUCUCCAACCCAACACCCUCCAGUUGUUUUGGGCGAAAAUGAAUUUAAUAUAGCAAGGGGGAAAACAGCUAUGGCUGAGAAAAGUUUGACUGUUUCCAUGGAAACAUAUAUAAGGUAACUAACACACACACACACACACACACACACACACACACGUCACAUCACAGUCUCUUCUGCAGUGUAACCACAAGACUGAAGAGAACGAUGCUUUAUAAUUGUCAGAACUGGGAGACUCUACCAGAAACUUUGUUGUUUAUAAGGAUUGAUCGUGCCGCUUUUGAUUAAGUGUGGUGAAGUAGGAAGUGUUGCUUUGAAACAGAGCCUUUCUUCUUCUUGGAUUCAAACAAUAAAAGCCAAAUCCUUGGGGAAAUUGUGUUUUCCCUCUGCCUGGGAGCCUGAUUAUCUUGCAGUUUCUCCAGGGCCUUUCAUAUGCUGGUUGUUCAGGUUUGUCACGAUGCCCACACAUUAUUUAGACACUAAAUUUGCCGGUUGGAAGAGAGAACCUCAGCAGCAGGAAAAGACUUAAAACCAGGAUGAGGCUUCUUUUUGCCCUUUUUAGGGUUGCCACAAAUCCGGAAUUUCCCAGACAUAUAUGGAGUACAGCAGUCGGCAGCAGUGUCCUGGCAGAAAUCAGGAAAAAAUGUCCAGGGAAAUCAGGACACAUGUCAGCUCAUGUCGCAGUGUCAUUGUUUUUACUUUAAAAAAAAAAAAGCUCAAAAAUGGCAAUUAUGUUUGUGAUUUCGCCAAAAAAAACUCAACGUUUCUGUCCGGAUUUUCACUGUUUGAAAUACAACAACCUAAACUAAAUGCAGAUGUAGGACACACUGGUGCUUAACAUAAUUUUGGUAUAUUUUUAUAAAACGCACUGAACAUACAGCAUCUCCCCCUCUGUUCUCCUGCUGUGUGCACCCUAAAUGUGUUCUAGGAGUUCCCCCAACCCUAUGGAGCAGAUUUGGAGGAGGUGUGGGUGGGGAGGGGAGGAGAGGGGGAAAGCCCCAUUGCACAAGUGGAAAUCCUUGCACCAACAGGACUUGUUACUAGAAUACUGCACAACAUCUGCUGAAGUGGGUCAAGGAGAGGUUUGGUUCAGUCCAGCCACACCGUGGCGACUUAUCCAUAGUCUAGGAAGUUGUGCUUUAUUGUGCUGCUUUUGAUAUAGACUCCUGUUUAUGAUCAGCUUAUUAGUUAAACAAAGUGUUGCACAUUUAAAAAAAAAAAGAAAUAAAACAUCUACGGUCUUUUAGUAGUUUUGGGAAAAGACUAAUGUUUAUCUAGAUGUUUCUGUUUAAACAUUCUUUGCUGGAAUGCUUUGGCUCCCAGAAAUCUAAUUUUGAGCUGUGGCUCUACAGGUCUUGUUGGACUCCACUGCCCAUCAUCCUUGACUCUUGGCCAUCCUGGCUGGUACUGAUGGGCACUGGAGUGCUACAACAUCUGGUGGGCCACAGGUUCCUCAUGCCUGUUGCAAAUGCAUGGCCACGGAGGGUGGCAGUGUGUGUUUAUUUUGUAAGUUGGAGCUUUGCUUUCCUAAUUGUAUUCUUUUGAAAAACUCAACACUAACAAAGAAGAGGGCAAAUGAUGCUUGCAACUGCGCAUUGGGAAAACAGCACUGAGCAAAUAUUUAAUUAUAGUACCCUAUUGAUUAUUGCGGUGGUACAUUGUGCUCCCUUGUGCAAGCCACGUACAUACUAAUCUCAACUUUUCCUUAUUACUGAAAGAAAAGGAUAGGGGCAUGGGGCUAAUUCUCCAAAAAUCCAAAGCUAGCCACAGCAUCUGUCUGCAAUGACUUCUGUUGUAUUGUGUUGUUGUUUAGUCGUUUAGUCGUGUCCGACUCUUCGUGACCAUUAUCUCCCAGUAAAUGACUAUGUCUACUGAAGCUCAUGGGAAAAGUGUUCUUAACAAGGAAGAGAUAAUUUGCAGAAUCUGUGAGAAUUACGAAAAAGUACUUUGCAUAAAUGCUGCUUUGCUUGUCUUUGAGGGAGAGGAAUUGAGGUAAAACUUGUUCAGAUAAUUUCUGGAUGACCAGAAGGUAUUACUAAUCUCUCUUAUUCCCGUGUCUUUGUUAAUUGGUCUGCUUGUGAUGCAAGGGAGAACUAUGUUGGAUCAUUAGGGAAAAUGAAGCCAUUAUUACAAUAAUGCAGUAGUCAUCUCAACUCAAAUUGCCCAGCUCCUAUCAGGGUAUUAACAAGUAGCGUGUUCGCAGUCCAUGAGUGGUGUGUGACUCAUCUGCUCUGAUGUCUUAGUGGGGCUUGGAAGUUGGAGGCUCAUCCUUCCUCUGGCUGCUAUUGAUUUAGUAGUCUGAUUCAACAGUGAGUCUGGGUCAAUGGGCUCCAGUGCUCUAAAUGCCUGAAGAGUCCUUGUUCCAGGGAUAACCCUCCAGACGUUGUUGGACUCCAGCUCCCAUCAACCUAUGCAUGAACAUAAAAGAGCCUGCUGGAUCUGACCAAUGGCCCAUCCAAUGCAGUAUCCUGCUCACACACUGGUCAUGCAGAUGUUAAUGGGAAGUCCUCAGACCAUAAGGGUACUCUCUCUCCUCCUGUGAUUUCCAGCAACUGGUGUUCAGAAAUAUCACUGCCUCCAACCAUGCAGGCAGGGAAUAGCCAUCAUAGCUAGUGGCCAUUAACAGCAGGCAUGCCAUCUGGGGGGGCAGGGGGGCGAGGUCCCCCAAAUUUUCAGUGAGAGGGCCAGGCCUUCUAAAUAUUCCACAGCUGGGCGGGCCCUGCCAAGCCCUCCCGUGGCGGUGACUAGGCCCUCAUCAUAAAAGUUUCUGCAGAAAUAUGUACAAUAGUCAAAUCUGCCCACAAGUGAGUUUUAUUAGGAGAAAUUUACACUAAAAUGCUGGUGAAUUUUUGUGAAGAUUUUUUUUUCAGUUGUAAAAUGUGGAGAACUGAAUUUAAGAUUAGAAAAAUGAGAAACUGAGAGAACCCAAACUGACACAACCUGAGAGAACUCCUAACUGACAGUGCUUCUUCCUGCCUCAUACACAUGCCUCAUAUUUUACUAGGUGUUUGGGAACAGGGUUUCAUCCAAAGGAUGAUGGGGGUUACCCCAUAUUUGCCCCAUCAGCAAUGUAAUGACUAUACUGAGAUUGGGCCCUACACAUGUGUCAGGUACUGGUGUGGUUGCUCGAAAGCAAACGGGCAAGACUCUGACCUGUCUUUUCCAGGCUUUAUUCUUAGUGCAAACUAUUUACAGUGAAGAGCGUCAUAAGUUCAUGUCUGGCUCAAUCGCUAGCAGAAUCUGGGAGUGGUCGGUCUUUGUACCUCCCCCAGCAAAACAGUCACGUGACCCCCAGCCUUCUCCGCCCCUCCCUGCACUGAAACCUACUGUGCAGAGUGGGCGCUGACAAAGGGGUACUUCCCUCCUCUCCGGUUUGCUCAGGCUCGGUGUUGGGGCUCUCCCUAGCAUUCCCUGGUCCCUGCACCUCCUCUCCACUGGAGGUGGGGCUUUCCUCCUCACCAGAGGAGGAACUGCUUCGCAAGGUUUUAGGAGGUUCCCUAUAACACAACUGCCCUUUCGCCUCUGAGCUGAUGGCAGUUCCCUGACAACAUGUAAUGCUCCUCCAUGGGAUGGAAUCCUGCUGCCUCAUGUGAAGGAGCCCUGUCCCUUCACACCUGUAUGCAUGUUGGCCACCUUCUCAUUAUGGCUAAAUUGUGUGGCCAGCAGAGGCAUAGCUGUACUUGAUGGUAAAGGGAGAGACAGCAUCGGAUGAAUGUCCCUAACUACUAUGGCUACAUUUGGGAGGGAAAGAGAGACAGAGUGAAAGACCUUCUGUGAAGGAAUAGGAAAACAAAUUAUAGAAAUAUGCAUUUAUGACCAAAAUAUUAUAGUGUGUAAGAAUUAAAUGAAGAACAUGUUCUUGUUUUGAUCAACACUGCUUCAUUCAUUCAUUAAUGACUGAGUCUAAGUCUUAACUAUGUUCAGUUAUGCUUGCUCCUAGAUAUGUGUGCUCAGGACUGCACUUUAAUGGAUUAAGACUCAGGACCACACAAAGUUGUGUGUGUGUGUGUGUGUGUGUGUGUGUGUGUUGAUUACAUCUCUUGUUAUAUGCCGCCCCAAUCUUCACAGCAGUAUGAGAUUCCAGGUCCUUACCCAAAUUUCGUGUUUCCUUUGCAAAUGAGGCACAGCGAAAACUGUGGUAUCUUUAGGCUAUAUGGGUUAUUUACACACAUACACAGCAUAUAUGCACAUAUAUUACAGCAAAACUGUAAUCCUAGACCUCUUCUACCACUGGCCCUUGUCUCUGCUAACUAAUGCAGAGCUCAGAGGGGAAGGGUCCUACCCCUCUGCCAUCUUUGCUAGUGGCGCAUUGGCCUGCCUUUGUUCCAGCAGAGACUCUGGUGUCUUUUGGAUAUAUGGCUUAAUUUACCAAACAAAUUGUUCUGGCACAAAGCCACUUCCUUGGUUACCCCAACAACUCAUAUUUAUGGGGCCAUUAACUCACCAAAAAGCUGGCCUGGCUUUUCCAACAAUUGAAUCCUUGCUGUAUCCAGGAAUCAGAAGGGACUCAAGCACACUGUUUAAUACCACUCCCAAACUCACAAUACUACGUGCCUAUCUGAUGAAAAUCUUAGUUCAGGAAUAGCUAAUGCAGCACCCUCCAGAUACUGCUCUAGACUACAGUUCCCAUCAUUCCUGACUUUUGGCCAUGCUAGCUGACACUGGUGGGAAUUGUCCAAUAACAUCUGACUGGUACUGCUUUGGCUACCCUUGUAUUAGCUACUUAAAAGGUCUGACCCCGGAGUUUUGCCUUUUGUCCAAAUAGGUCCAAAGUCUGCCAGAAAGGUUUGCUUCUACUUGGCCAUUACUUGAGAGAGACAGGAAGUGUUUUUGUGCACAUCAGAUCAAGUUGCUAUUUUCAGAACAUGAGGCAACAACAAAACAAGAUUCCCCUUUUUUCACCUCCAGAGCACAACACAAGAUUCAUCUCUUCACUGGAGCACUACUGCUAAUGGAUUGGGGAGGUCAUUCCGACACCUCUUAAUAGAAUUACAGUACUCUGGAAGAGCAAGGUUCUGGAAAGGGAGAGGAAGCUAUUUGCCUGGGCUCAGUAGCCAUACACAAGGUCCUAGAGAUUUUACCAAAUGGGCUUCCUAAAACACCAAGGAAAUACGAUUCAUAGCUGCUGCCUUACAUUAUCCAGCAUGCUGGAAACUAACAUCUCAGGUCUAAUGAACACAGGGAUCUAAAACAGUGAGGAUCAAAACUACCUGUGAUGCUCAGCCUCAUGAAUGUUUCCUAAAGUUUUUUUUUUGCCAACUGUUUUGUUUGUUUGUUUGUUUGUUUGUUUACCCUGUGCAAGCUAGAUGAAGUGCAGUCUGGAUUAGAGCUUUGAGGCAGGAUAGGGAAAGAAGUUUCAUUAUCUCUUUUCUUAGAGCACAUUUUUCUGAUCAAAACUUUCCUUUUGAGCUGCUUUCUUGCCCCAUGAGGGAAGAUGAUGUAAAUACAGUUUAUUUUCCCCCCCUUUAGGGGUCAGUUGACAAUCUCUCUGAGACCAUGGCCAUAUUCACAAACCAGAGCUGUCAUAGGGCUCUCUCUCUCUCUCUCUCUCUCUCUCUCUCUCUCUCUCUCACACACACACACACACACACACCCAGCACACAUUUCAACCUAAUAUAUUGGCUACAAUGGAAUGCUUAUUUGAAAUCUAAUUUCUGGGCAGGGGGCAUGCGAAAGGGUCCCUGUGGGGCCAAGGAAGGUCUGUGCUGGUGCUUGCUUCUACGACAAAAAGAGCAGCUGGAGGAGGACUUGAUUUUCAAAUCAAAUCCCACAGGAAAGGAGAAAACACCCUAUAUGUGAGCUUUUAGAUUUUAGUUUCUUUGUGGGAACACAAUCAUGGGGGAAAUGUUUUUUGUGACUGGAUUCAUAUAAUGAUGGACCCUCCAUAUAGGAAAACAUUUAUCUGUGCAAUGUUAAGUUCCAAUCAUCAGUUUCUGUGCUGUCCCUCACCUAACCCCUCAUUUUAAAAUAAGACCUCAGAUCAAAGAACAGAGAGAUUUGCCUUUUGGGUGUUCAGGUAGAACUCCCUGAAGGACCGACAUGCUAAUUUCUGUCCUUUUAGUAGAACAGAUCUCUGCAAACCUCAGUUGAUCGGCUUAAGCAUUAAAUAGCCUUCAGGAAAUCAAAAGGAAUAUUUAGCAUAAAGCUGCUGCCUUAUCAAAACUUAUUAACCACCUGAAAUCCCUUUGUAAAGCUAACUUUAGCCCUUGUCUACUUAAUUGUGUGUGAACAACCUUGCUUGAUCCAAAGUAUGUGCUAGGAAAUAAGAUAUGCUAUAAGAACAAAUCCCAACAGCCUCAUUUAAAGAAGUUCUAUUAAGUGAUUUUUGAAAAGAAACUUGAACAAACACAGUUCUGUGGGUACAAGUCUAAAGCUUGUUAAAUCAAGAAGUACACGUUGGGGGUUGUUUAUUGAUGAUCCAGUUAGGUCUGUUAAGCCCACAAAGAAAGCAGCUUUUUUCCAAUGAGAGAGCCUCAUAACACAUUUCUGAAUCUUAACCUAAGUUUUGUUUUCAAAAGCAGGGAUACAAAUUGCAUCACAUGAAUAAAAAACGCCUUUCAUACCAUGCAUGCUGAUGGAAGUUAAAGAUGAAGAUAGCAAUAGGCCUUGUGAGUAAACAGCUUUUGCCAAAGAUCUAGGACUAUUUAUAUAUACACCAGAUUGAAAAGCUGUUUACUCACAAGGCCUGUUGCUAUCUUCAUCUUUAACUUCCAUCAGCAUGCAUGGUAUGAAAGUGAGGAACAGAAAGUCCAUGGAAUACGACAUUUGGAGGAUGUGUUCUCCCUCCCCCCUCAUGACAGGAUUCUGUAAAUGUGGUGCUCUUGCGUGAAACAGAGUGGUUGGAGGAUGAGAUACCAUCUGUCUAAAUGCAUGAAGCCUUGACCUGAGAGGUCUCAGCUCAAUUCUUACCAGAAAGCCAGGCAGAACCCCAGUUUCAUUUUACAUUACAGCAGCUGGCUGAGCCUUACAGCUCUUGAUUAGAUGAAAAAUGGGGAACUGUGAAGAUGCACCUAAGUUUUCUGGAAACAGAAACUGAAUGAAUAUCAGAGGUGCUCACUCACGGCUGCAUAUAUAUUUCAUUGUCAUCUCCUGAUGUUCAUGGCUUUUUCUCUGAGCUUCCCCAUGUCCAACUCUGCAGGGUAGAGCACAUUAUAACACAAAACAAAUUGCCUGCAAAGCCUCCGACAAUCACGUCCUGGAGGGUUUUCAUUUUCUCCAAUGUUUCCAUUUCUCUAAAGAGUGAUAGCCCUGAAAUUUAUCUAACGGAUAAUAAGUUGCAGCAGUCACAAGGCACUGAAUCUACCAAGCCGAUGCGAAGCUGGUAUAAAAACCUGCAAGCCCACAGCUGCUUAGCUUCCAGCACAAAAUCCUAGAGCUGCGGCUGAACGCUGGUGCAUAAAGAAGAGCCCUCUGGAUCAGGACAAUCUAGUCCAGCAACCCUGUUCUCACAGUGGCCAACCAAAUCCUAUGAGAAGCCCCAAAGCACAAAAGCACUCUACCCACCUGCAAUUCCCUGCAACUGGCCUUCUGAGGCAUUCUGCCUCAGGCUGUCAGGGAGAACCUAGCCAUCACAGCUAGUGGCUGCUGACAGCCUUAUCUUCCAUGGAUUUGUCUAAUCCUCUUCGAAAGCCAUCAGGUCUGGUUUUUCAUGUAAACAGGAUGUACAAAUAAAACAUUGCAGGAGUCUGCAGCAACAGCCACUAUCAUCACAGGGACAGAGGUUCUCUCAUUAGGGAACAACACCUCUCUACUGAGCACACUAUUUCUCAGGGAUGACACUAGACAAAGAGUGGAUACAAAGGGCAUCAACUUAUCAUGAUGGGCAAUGUUAUGAAUUUUAUCACUGAAACUCUAAACUUCUGGCAUGUGUGCUUUAAAAAGUUGGGGCUACAAAUUGAUAGUUUUGGGUGGUACUGGCAUCAACCACUUGAACUAGCCCAACAGGGAGGGAAGCUAAUUCUAUCAGUUCUAUCUAUAUCGGUCUAUACUGGUACCAGGGAUGUCCAACCAGUCGACUGCAAUCAACAGGUCAAUCCCUGGGUGAUUGUGAUAGAUUGUGGUGGAUCACUGGCUCAUUUUCCUCCAUGGUGGAAAAAAAGCAUCCGUGUGCAUGCCGUCCUGACCUGGUGUGAGUCGGUCGUUGCUGGGUCACUGGCACCCUGGUAUACUGGUGUUUAUGAAGCCCCUGCCGGCAGGCUGUGGCAAGUUCACUCCAUCAGGAGGCUUCUUGGAUCCCCAACCGUGCCGAUCUACCCAUGGUAUCGGCCAUCAUUAGAGACUGUUCUUGGAGUCCAUUCUCUGCUUCCCUGCAACGGCCCCAGUGGAGCUGAUCACAUAGUGGGAGUGUCGUUGGGGAUGAAGCCGUGUCGUAGGUGAGAGCUGCGGAGCGUCUAUUGGUUUGUGAGCAAUUUAUGGCACCCCCCCCCCAAAAGCAGAACUAUGUUGCUCCCCCCUAAAAUAAAAUCUCAACAGCUUUGGCCUGCCCCCCUAAAAAAGGCUCAACAACUUUGGAUCCCCCCCCCCAAAAAAUGGGUAGAUCACUGCCAGUUUUUUAUUCCAGGAGUAGAUCGCAGUCUCUUGGGAGUUGGACAUCCCUGUGGUAGACAAUAGACAACUCAUUCCUUGGAACACCAUUUUUAGACACUGGAAGAAGCGGGUGGGAUGACUGACUCCAGCCUCUUCCCCAUUAAUUCCCAUGAUGACCAUCGUCAGUUUUGUCGCCCAGAUAAAUAUGAUGUAAAUUAGAAUAUUCUGUGCUAGAUGGAUCUACAAACUGACAAUUUCCUUCAGUACUAUUUCAAGCAACAUCCUGGUUCAUUGUUAUGAACAUUCUGUGCAGCUAAUGAGGUUCAAAAAAAAAUGGAGCAUAAAAUUAUUUUGAAGCACGGGCUGGUUUUUUUAUUAUUAUUAUUAAUAAUUUUUAUUAAAGUUUUAAACAACAAAGAAAAAAAAGAAAAACAUACACAAUACAUAUAACAAAAACACACACACCAAAAACAAAACAAAAUUCAACAAUAAAAAAGAGAAAACAAGAAACAUAACAAUUAAAAACAAUAUCUCUUUUCCAUUUCCGUUUUUUAGUUACUUAUUUUCUGGACUUCCUCAUACCUCCCUCUUUUGUAUUCCAAUCCAAAUUGUUUGUCCAGCAAUUUCUUUUCCACUUUUUUAAUCCCAAUCUUUAGCUUUAAUAAGAUAUUAAAAUAUAUAACUUCAACUUCUUUAAACCUGAUCUUUGGUGUUAAUAAUAUAACGUUAAAAUUUUUCCUCUUAAUAUCAAAUUUCCAUUUCUUUAAACAUCUUUAAUCCUAAUCUUUAAUCUUAGUCUAUCAUUAGCUUUAACCUGUACAGCUGGAAACCGCUUAUUUUCAGGAAGCACGGGCUGGUUUUUAAAUGGGGAAGAGGGGCAGGGAAGUAAGCCCCGAGUUCAUCUGGUCAGUCAUAGCAAACUCACUGAAGGUUGCUCAGAAAUACACAAUUUGAAAAUGGCAGAUUAAGCAGUGAAAUCUACCAGUGUAUACCAGAAAGGCUAAAAGCUAUCAAAAAUAAUACAUGCAGCAUGUCUCAAUGGGCUUGCUAACAGAAACUUAUGUUUCUAAUAUCUCUGUUUUUUAAUAGCAUACCUCUCCAUAACAUCUGAGAAGCACCACAGGUUUGUUUUCCACAGGGAAAAUAUAGAAAAUGUGUGCCAAUGAUAUAAACUUGAAGUGGAACAGAGCCACAAUUAUAAUGGACAACAGAGGGUUGCAACCCCAAGGCCUGAUAUGAAUUUUAACUUCGUAACUUAGAGCUGUAUUCUGACGCUGUCGCAGAUUACACUUACAUAAAAUGGUUACAUAAAAUAAACCAUAUUGAAUAAAACAAUAAAAUCUUAAAAAAGCAAACAGAAACCUUACCACUACCUUAAAAUGCUUUCUGGAGUAAGAAAGGCUUUGUCUUGUGCCUGAAGUUCAGCAAGGAGGGUGCCUGUCUAAUCUCAGUUGGGAAGGAGUUCUGCAGCCCCACAAAACCAAAUGCAGACUUGACACAUACAAGAGGCAAUGCAGAGAUGCUUCUGGGAAAAGUUAGAAGGGACAAGAAAGGCACUUUCUGAGCUGCCCUUUCCAGAGCACAGCUUACUACAGUUAUGAUUACACACAUUUAACUAUUUUGUUUGAUAGAGGCUUCUUAAACACUGUACUUGCAAAUGCUGUGGGCUGCUGGAGAUGGAUCAUUCCUGAUCUCCUAUCUAUGGAAGGUUGUGUGCUGCUCUCUCAACCUCCCCCUUUCCCCUUUAUGUGCAAAAUCCUCUCCAAUGCCUUUCUGGAAUUAAGCAUGAGGAUAAAGCAUCACAUCAGUACCAAGAUUAACACUAACCUUCAUCUACUUCAAUCCAAAAUUUGCAUUCAGAAUUUGAGGUGGACCAGCAAAUCCUGGUAUCUUGCCCUUCCUCUUUUUGAGCUAACCAUGGUACAGUAUUGCUACAAGUUUGGUAGAGCAGGGAAUAGGCUGUAUGCCGAGACCCUUCCAGCCCCUGGAUCCGGCAAGUAUUAAAAUAUAAGCUAUGCUAGCUUCCUGAUGAGGUGGCCACUGGGUGAUGGGCCAUUAAGGGGAGCUAAAGAAAGGUGCUCUGUGCGAGAUGGAGAAUGGGAGAGGCCCCUCCCUCAAUCUGCAGAUAGUUAGAAGGACAACGCCAGAGUUGAUAGUAGAAAGUUGCAGCGUUGUGGGCCAGAAGAAAAGCAGCAAGCUGGAGAGAGUCAGAGCAAUGUUUGAUUUCUGUUUGAAAUCCUAAAUAUACCACAGUCUCCACUGUUCCUCAUUCCUAAAGGAAACACAAAGAGCCUGGAACCCCUGGAAUUUUACACCAUGCAACAAUACUAUCUCUGCAACUUUCAUAGUUAACUCUAGAAAGAGAAGGGGUGGGCUUAUUUGUUUGCAUGAGAGGUGAGGAAACCAUGAGUUUACAUUACACUCCCAGUCUUUUAAUGAUGGAUAGGAGUUUGGUUUUUUUAAUGCUUCCAGAAAUAUAUUUUAUUUAUUCAUUUAAUUGCUAGCAUUUAUGUGCCACUGGCAGGGCUCUGGCAAGCAGCUUACAGUAAUGAGAAAGUUUAAAGAAUGUGCUAUGUAGAAACUAUAAAACCCUGACAUGCUGCGGUUUUGCAGAAUGCUAUUUUUGUAUGAAUAAAAAAAAAUAAGGGGGUGAGGAUAAGACCUGAAUUAAAUGUUGGAGCACUCUAUGCUUUGGUGAUUACUUGCAUUUCAUUAAGGACAGCCAUAUGCCCUGCCGGAAGCCCCAUAUGUGAGGCAAUAACUUUCUCAGCAGAUGGCAUUACAGAGACAAAAUAAAUAUUAUGAGGAGAAGUGUAAUGACUACACAGCCAGUGAAAAAUGGAGGGGAAAAUAAAUAGUGAGUAGCUCGUUUCAGCUUUGUUUUCAGCUGUGACAUACUUCCCUAAUGCCCACAAGCACUAGUUCAGUAGGAUUAAGAAACUUAUGUUGCCCUUUGUGGCCAAGCUUCAUUAGAUGCCUGGGAAAAUGUUUACCUGUUAUUUUUAAACACCAUGUAUUUUUGUGCAAUAUGACGAACACACACACACACACACACACACACACACACACACACCAACUUCUGUAGAGAGUUUUCAGGGGAAGGUGGUCAGAUCCUAACCAUUAUUUUGAUCCUUGUUAGCAAGCAACACCUUUGUUUCCUGCAUCCAACACAAAGGUGACAAAAACCAGGUAUAAUUCCCCCCCCCAUACAGUAAAUUGACUCCAGUCACAGACUCAGCAGAGGUAAACCAGGUCAUCUCCCCAUAUUGCUUGAGGACUCAGUAAGCUUGGGUUCCAAAUUGGUAGGUUCUGGGAACUGGGGAACUGGCAGAAAUGGAGCCACUGAUAAACAGGAAGGAAAGGAUACUCAGAGGAACUUCCUUGCUAUUCAGAGGAGCUGAGGGCAGUGACAUGAUUGUGAUUACAGCUAGAGUGCCAAUGGCACAAGACUUACAGGUGACAGUCAUUUUCAGUCCUAUUCUUUGGGCAGUGAUGGCAGCAAAAAUAACUUGCUUCUGUAUCAACAAUAUAUCUGUGCAAUGUCAAAGGCCUUUUUCCAGAUGUUGAAAGGUCGGGGGGGGCAAUAGGUCAAACUCUUGGGGAACCUGCUGUGAGCAGUUUGCCUUACAAUUUGCUGGCUAAUUCACUUGCAUCUGUGCCAGAUUGGAUGGAAUAGUUAUUAUAGAGUCCAGCAAUGUCAUUUUUUCAUACUUUUCAACUUGUGCAGCUUGAGGAUGUGGAUGAGCUACUUGGAACGUUAAAGAAUUCACUGGGGAAGGAGUGGAAUCUAUGCCAAAUACGCUGUAGUGGAAAUAUUUAAUCUCCAAAAUCUAAAUAAAUCAUAAACCUUUGGAGUCCAUCCUAUGACCGAGUAAUUUCAGGACUGCAUUUCUUUUUAAAAAGAAACAGAAGUGAGAACACAGAGAUGUGACACAGGAGACCAAUUGCCAGGAGAUCUAUUUUAGUUUCAGAAUUAAAGAUUUUAUCAAAGUGGUCUCAUAGAUUAAGGUGUGUGUGUGUGUGAGAGAGAGAGAGAGAGAGAGAGAGAGAGAGCGCGCACGCGCCCUGGGAAUGGGAUGAGAUUAUGGCAAAACAAAGUCACUAUUUCCAGAUGCAUCUCUAGACCCCAUUUACUUGUGCCAUCUUUUGAUCAUUUCCUGUGGGUCGGUGGGGAAUCUCGCUGCUCCACUGUAUUUUGUUAACACUUGAUUUCUGUAACCCUGUCAAGCUUAGUAUGGCACCUCAAGUCCUUGGUGUGGCUGUAAAGUGUGGAAACGAGAUACCUCUCUGAAGGUACAGUGGACACAUGCCAGGGAGAAGGUAUCCAAUCAGAACUCCCUAGCAAAUGUCCACAGGUGGACAAACGUCUACACAAUUAUCCCCUUGGCUUCUGUGAAGUAGCUGCAAGACAGCCUGCUGCUCUGGAAUUCUUCCCAGAUUGCUCCCUCAUCCCCUAGUCGAUGACCUGCGUUAAAGAAACUGAGCCAUUUUGUUCAGGAAAAAAAGAUCAGUGAAACAGCAAAAGCACAACAGUAAGGGGGAAGAAAUUCCUCCUUAAGCUCUCAUUAAGCCUCACCAUAUGCACAGUACAGCAAAGAGCUCUUUGGUGCUACUCGGAAUAAAGAGAGAACAGCAGCAGCGAAAAGAAAGUUUCAAAGCCCUUCCUCGGCACCCACUGCUUUCAGAAUAUAUUAAGGAUAACACAGUUGCACAUUCAGUUACAAUUACUAAUUCUCUGAGUAAAUAAGGAGAAUAAAAAUAGGAUUGAACAAUAAAAGUUCUGAAACUGUAUUGAUGAAAGAAAUUGUAUGGAAGAACUAGCUGUCUCCUGGCAUGACAAGAUUCUUGCAAAUGGAUUUCAACUAUCUGGGUGCCUCUUGGCCUCUCUCCACCCAUCCUCCUCCUUCAGCUUCUGCCUCUGAUUUUGGAUUUCUCUCUGCCACAGUCUCUCCCUGCUCACUAAGCCCUGUUACCCCUUCAGCUUCCGACACAACCUCAUCCUAGUCUUCUCCCUCUGACCACUCAUUGUUGUCCCACCACCAGUUCCCAGGCUCUGAGCCCUCUUCCCUUGGUGGUUCUCCAGCUGCUUCCUCCCACUAAUCCUCUGCAUCCAGCCACUUCAUGACACCUAAUUGAUCUCAAUGGACUAUAUUCUUCAGUUUCCCUGAGCUGUCAGGCUGUUGCUCGUCUGCUCAACCUCCAUAGGGCCUUCAUGAGAGCAGGCAGCUCCGAACCCAUCUACCUCCUCUCCUUGCUUCUCUUACCUUGUCCCCCUUGCCUCUUCUCAAUAUUUCUAGUUUUCUUCAGGCUACUCAGGAACCUUAAGGGAACAUAAGCCUUGACAAAAUUUCUUUCUUUGUGGGGACCACUGAAGUUCUUGAUUGUACAUCAGAAUAUUUGUAUAACAGUGAUGUAAUGGAUGAAGCCAAGUCAACUGCAGCCUGCACACACAGAAAGCCAGACUGUGAAAGCAUCCAUAGAUUUGUGCUUCAUUCUCUCAAUAACUAUGAUGUACAGCCAUGACCCCACACCCCUGGGUCACAUUAAGGUUCGAGAAAUCCCUUUCCUCCUACCUUUCCUAUUAGCAUUCCACCCCAUCCUCCUGGCUUCUCCAUCACCUCCAUUUUAAACAUCUGUAUCUUUCUGCCUUCAUGUGGCCCAGGCCCAAGUCAUUUGCAUUCAUUUGCGUCUAGGCCUUAAUUGCAGCCCAGUCGAUAACUGGCAUCAGUCUGCACUCCUUAUUUGACAGCAGGAAACUUCCCCUUACCUCUGCCUAUGUCUGUGGUAGAACAGUUAAGCUGUUAGUUCAGGCAAUGCAGGUCUGGGUAGCCUGUGUACAAUUUUGCUGUAACCAACCAUUUUACUUUUCCCCAAACAUUGCAUCAUAGCAGUUGAAACACCAAAAUGCUUUUAUUCUGUUUAUGCCAUUUUGGCACUUGUAAUAGACGUAUUUCUCUUGAAAACCAAAUUGGUACUCUUUGGUUUUUACUAAUUCUCCCAGAGUAACUAAGGAUACAGUUCAACCUUGCUUUUGAAGCAUCAUGUUUAAGGACACAUGUAGACUUGGUAACAAAAGUAAAGGUAAAGGACCCCUGACAGUUAAGUCCAGUUGCAGACGACUCUGGGGUUGCAGCGCUCAUCUCGCUCGAGGGAGCCGGCGUUUGUCCGCAGACAAUUUUUCCGGGUCAUGUGGCCAGCAUGACUAAGCCGCUUCUGGCAAAUGGAACACCAAAACCAGAGCAGUGCACAGAAAUGCUGUUUACCUUCCCGCCGGAGCAGUACCUAUUUAUUUACUUGCCCUUUUUUUUUGGCGUGCUUUUGAACUGCUAUGUUGGCAGGAGCUAGGACUGAGCAACGGGAGCUCACCACAUCACAGGGAUUUGAACCACCGACCUUCUGAUCGGCAAGCCCAAGAGGCUCAGUGGUUUAGACCACAGCGCCACCCGCGUCGCUCUUUACCAACAGCUAAAACCACCUAAUCCUUACUAAAUGUACUGGACACUCUACAUCACUUGGCCAGCUUGUGGUAUUCAUGCUACACCUAGGAAUGACAUAGUUCCAGGUUACACUUCAUUGCAGCCAGGUCAGAUGUAUCCAAAAAUGAUGCCCCAAAAGUUCCAGUAUUUACUUGUUAAAUACUUUGCUCUCUGGAGUGUUUCAUGCAUUAGGGAAAUGUUGAUCCUCUGGCAUGCUCGCAGGCCAUCCAUCCACAUUACCAUGCGGGGAAAUUUUAAAUGAUAGGUUGCCUCUGAAAACCGUUUGAACUUGUUCUUAAUGUGAGAAGGUAACUGGACGGAAAGGGGAGAAAGCUAUUUCACCUUUUGACAAAACCGUUGCACAGCAUCUUGAACUCCUCGUUAGGAAGAAGAGAAAGCGAAAUCUUCCUCUCAGGAGUGUUGCAACUGAAUCGGCUCAGAAAGGGGUAUGCUGAAAGGCUUAAUUUAGAAAUGUGCUUUGUAAAGUGAACAGAGGCUGCAAAGAUCCAUGAUAUGGCCAUUAUACAUCACUUUGCUUUUGAAAGCACAAGCAAGGCCAGCAACAUGUUGCCAAAUGCAGCUUUCUUGUGAAAUUGCAGCCUAUUAGCGUCGAACCCCCAAGCAGAGCUUCCCUCUGAUGUUCUGUUGCUAGCAUCUCCAAUGCGACGCGAAUGUGUGCGUAGCGUCAGGGAGCAGGGGAUCAGCAGGCUGCUCUCAUACACAAGGCUCUCAAAAAGGAAAUCCAGAAAGAACUCCAACAAACAAAGAAGGUGAAAGACAAAAGACUGGUACAUGCCCCCUAACAGUCCAAGCCUGUGAAUCAUCACAUCGCUCAGUGAUCAGUUCCUCAGACUAUUUUCCUUAGUAAGAAAUUCCAAAUUUGCUGUGGAAAUUUCACUUUUCAUACGAUCAGGUGGCAAUUCUCAUCAAAAUCACAUUCUGGGCUUAGCUAGAGUAGUUUUUAACCUUUUCAGACAUUCAUUUGGGGACACACACACACACACACACACACACACACACACUUAGUGCUGCCAUUUUGACAGUAGAUGUCACAAUGCUGCUACUUUGGAGGCAAGUAUGCUUCUGAAUACCAGUUGCUGGAAAAAGCAGGAAAAUAGAGUGCUCUUGUGCUCGGGUCCUGCUGGGUUUCCCAUGGGCAUCUGGUUGGCAACCAUGAGAACAGGAUAUUGAACCGAAUGGGCCAUUGGCCUGAUCCAGCAGGCUCUUCUUAACUUCUUCUAUGAUCUACCCUAGGUGAGGCUGCAAAACUCUCAAUAUAUCCUUAGUAAGUACUAGACUGUUGAAAUGUCAAAACCUAGCAUAGGCUGCAUAUACCCAUAACUAGGGAUGGACAAAUAUGUUAAUUUUGGUUUCUCACAGUUCCUCAUAUUUUUCAUCUCAGAUCUCCACAUUUUCACAUCAAUUUGCAAAUUCUUUUUUUAAAAGUACUCAUAAACAAUUGUCCCAAUAGGCACAUUUUUGCAAUGUAAUGCCUUUUGGCACACUAUUUUCAAUACUGUGUGCAUUCUUAUGCAAACUUGUGGAUUUUGUAUACAUUGUUUGGUUGCAGAACUACGCCACAUAAUUCAGUGAAGCGCACUUUUCAAAGGAUGAAUGCAUUUUGGUUCAUACAUGGUUUCAGGAAGUUUGAAUUAAGUAGGUUCGCUUUUUCAUGCUAAGUGAACUGAAUUUUUCUCCCAUCCUUACCCACAACACAAGAGCAAACCAAGAAAGUAGAAAGACACAACCUAGAAGAGGAGAGUGUUAAGCACUGAUACCUGGGAAAGAGACAACACGAGCCAAACCUCCGAAAGAAGCUUUCAUAUGAGAGCCAGAAAGAAGCACUAGCUGCCUCAAGUCCCGAAGAAAAUGAGCAACAAUAAAAUUGGGAUUCUCCAUUGUCUGCCCACUGAAAUGUUACAAGGUGGCUUGUUACCAGAUUGAUAAGCAAAGCAGGAAAAUGGAAGGGAUGCCUAAGGCUUUGGUAGACACCUGCUCUCACCAUGUGUGUGUCAACAGAAGCCUAUUGAUAUCAAAACAAGUCAAAGGUGUGGUUAUUUAAAAAAAAUAUUAGGAGGGCGUGAGUCAUCCAUAGUCAAACAACUUGGAAGCGCCUGAAGCUCCAGAGACUGUGAGGAAGAAGCAAAAUGAGAUGCCACAGCCUACCCACAGAGCACCAUCAGGCUGGAUUCCCUAAGCAGGGAGCUUUUGCCUCUAAGCAGUUUUCAUUUUGAUCCCUUCUUGCCUGAUCUGUGGGCAUUUGCUGUUCCAUUCAGAAGCACCAUAUUGCACAGAUCUAUUCUGCUCCACCAGCACACAAGCCUUAUUAUAAUGCAUCUUGUUUCCAGGCUGCUUGCUAGCGUGUCCAGUUUUAAUUAAAAUUUGAUUACAUUUGCCUGACUAUUUAAAGGCUUGCACACUGCAUGCAUCAGUCCAUGCUUCAUUUACAGUCUCCGCUCUCUCCAAACUUUCUUGGUUAAUAUCUUUUUUUCCCUUUGCCCUGCUGACUUAUCAGAUGACGUUGAUGGGUCAGACCAGGGGAAGCUGCGGCCCUCUUGAUGCUUCUGGAGUCCCAACUUGCAUCAGCCCAAGUCAGCACUGCUGGCCAAUGAUCAGGAAUGAUGGGAGCUAUAAUCCAACAAUAUCUAGGGUGCCACUGUUUCCCUAUCUGUGGCUUGGAAGGUUGUGUGAAUUCAACAAAUCGGUUGUUUAACAUUUGUAUCUUACUUUUGUUGAAUUUUGACUGAAUCUCCCAAAAAACCAACAUUUUGGAACCAACCCAGAGGUAAAACUUUCAUUUCUAUAAUAUGUUUGGGAAUUGCCGAAGGAAUAUGUCGAAGACAUAUUUGGGAUGCAGUAUUCCUCUGGCAGAAUUACAGUUUCCACCCAGUGUAAGCUCAAAAUCUGGACUGCAAAUUACAAGAAGGCAGGCUGCAGUUGGGCAUUCAUUAAUGCCAAGGUUACUGCAGAGGAAGAAGGUCCCCAUAACGAGGAUGGCAUGGAACUCAAAGUGCAUCUUUCCUGCCAGGUUAAGAACUGCGCUGAGCAGGCAGAUGGCUGAACCUCAUUAUGAUGCAGAAUUGCAGCACAAAAGGGUGAAAGAGUGGUAAAUUAAAUUAGCAUUCACGAGGAAUGAAUGGCAGGCUAUGAUGAAUGCCAAGUGCCAUUUUUAUUUCAUGCCACAUUAUACCUGGAAAGGAUAAGUGCCAAAAAGCAUUUUCCUCACUGAGACUAACAAGAUGAGCCAAGUCUUGGACAUAUGCAAACAGUCGCCUCUCAUUGCUUUGCAGACACAGAAAGGAGGAUUUGAAAGUUACAGUUACAUGAGCAAAGAGAAAAUGUAGAGUGUGUCCCCCCCUCACUUUGCACAAUCCACACUUGGACACCCUAUCCAGAAACUGCCCAAGACAGUUUUGGCACCUGCAGCAGAAAAUCCAAAUGCUAGCCUUUUUAGGAGGAUAAAACAAACAAACAAAAAAGUAACAGAGUAACAGUCCCUGUAAUGGGACUCAGAAAGCUGCCACCCGAGAUGGACCAUGUCAUCCUGCCUAACAAUAAAGACAGUCUUGAGCAAAAUCCUGUUUGCAUGGUGCACAUAACCUCAAAAACUAUUUGAGUUUGCUGCAGAGACACAUUCUUGAUGCAUUCCACUUCCUUUCCCAGAUGAAACAAAACUGUUUGCUCGCUAGCUGUCCAAGAAGUUCUAUAAGGACAAACAACUAUAAGGAUGAAAGACUGCCCCAAAAGUGGAAGGGUCCACUUAGCAAGCUAUAGAAGACUAAUAAAUAAAUUAAUAAUAAUAAUAAUACGUUCAUUACUUAUACCCUGCCCAUCUGGCUGGGUUGCCCCGGCCACUCUGGGCAGCUUCCAACAAAUAUAAAAACAUAAUAUAACAUAAAACAUUAAAAACUUCUCAAUACAAUAAUAAUAAUUUUUGGAGUCCUAUGUGGAAACAGCCUCCCAUUGCACCCAGGCAAGGUUCUUCAGUGCCUCAGAUACAAAUAAGCUAUCCAGCACACACUUUACUUCUGCUUAGACCUCCUGGAAAGCCACAGGUGAGUUUCAGAGUCUGAAAGGGUAAGGAAACCCACAGAAUGCCAUGAACUGGCAGGACAACAGAGGAAAGGGAAGAGGAUUCUGGUGAGGGAUGUAGCCAUAUUGGGAGAAGUUGGAGACAGAGAAGGAGAGGUUGGGGACUUAGGAGGUACUCACGGGACAUCAGAGAAUGUUGCAGGAGAAGCCAACUGUUCAGGGCAGCUAGGGAAAGGUGACACAUCACCAGAAGCAGAGGUGUCUCCAUGGACAUGGCGGGCUCUGAGGUGUCGGAAACAGCAAGAAGAGCACUCCAGGAGAAUAAGGCAGGCAAGGGAAAACAACCCAGCUCACUAGUGGACCAGGUGGAGAUCAUGAGGCUCAUUAGGUCAGAGAGGAAGUUUGUGGUCACUCAGCUGGGUGAGGCUCAGGGCAGGGGAAGAUCACAUGCUUCGUCAAGUGGAGAGACACAGCUGCUCAGCUGGAGCAAACUCAGGUGCAGCAAUCAAGACUGGGAAGGGUAAAAGGGAAACAAAUCAGAAGCUCUGUGUCUGCUUAGCUUUCUCUGGUGAUGGACCUCAGUUUGGUUGCCUUGGGAUGACCACUGGACUGGGACUUUGAGACUGACCCCCAGGUGUUCCAGCUCUGGAUCUUCUGCCAAGGCAGGAACCUGACCUUCAGAAUUGACUUCAGACCUUGCUUGUUUUGGACCUGGACUGGUGUUUGACCAUUUGGAUAGUCUGACUACUCUCUAGUGUUGUCCUUGGGACUGUGGACUAUCAGGACUUACUUCCAGGUACACCAGAAGGAUGAUGUACUAUACUUCAUAUCUCCUACAAAGGCUGCUGAAACUGAUAAAAAGCAAACUCAGGUUUAGCAUUAGCUAUUUCUUUGGAGCAUUUUUUUUUACUCUGGUGUUCUGUCAGGGGAGAAAAGACUCCCGGUAAUGAGACACUGCUUACUAUCUGAAAGGCAUGACACUCAAGGAAAAGGAGCAGGGAGGGAAGAGGGGCGAAGCAAACUCAAGCACUACUUCUUAGUUACAGGGUUCUUAAAACCAUCAGCUGGAAUGAAAAGUGUUCAAAGAAGAGAGGAACCAACAGUUGCUGGUCUCUGAGCUGGGCCAUUAGAGAGUCUCUGUAGUCCCCCUUUCUCCCGCUAGCGUGGGGUGGAUAACCUCGGGUCCAGAGGCCAAAUGCAAGCCUCCUAAGGCUACACCCCACCCCCAGGCACCUCUGGCCCUGCUUCACAUGCUUGAGCAUCUUUGCCUGCUUGGAAUGUGUCCUUGGAGUCUGAUGAUUACGCUUGCUUGCCUGGAGGAUAAUGAGGUUAUGUGUUUAAGAAUUUGCUGUGCAAAGGUGAACUGUAUAUUCACCGUUCACCCAUUUUUGCUCCUGGUCACCAGGGGCAUAUGCCCCAGAAGGUUGCUCAGAAGGGAAUGCAAACCAGGUGUUGUUUUGUACGGCAUCCACAAGUCAGAACAUAUAGCUCAGAUCCUUUGGCAGUUCUGUGUCCUUCCAUUCCCCGUUCAAAGUGCUGAGUUUGGCCUUUAAAGGCUGAAAUUACCAAAGGCUAGUUUACUUUAAUGAUUACCUACUGCCGGCUUCCGGGGGAGGCACCUCCGGCAAUGGCGGAAUUCCUCUGACCAGGAGGAAUCUGCUCCAUGGAAAUCUGGGUCUGGCCGCCACGGUGAAGGCGGAGACCCGUUAAAAUCACAGGCGGGAGAAGCCUGUGAACGUGGGAUUCGGCGGGCACCUUUUGCGCCUCCCCCACUCGCAGGGAACCCCGGUUUAUGGGGCUCCGGAGUGACGUGGGGUGAGCGGCGCGGUGCAUCUGCUUCUUCCACGGAGCAAAGCCGCAUAGCUGUUGCCGGAGAGCGCUGACCUUUUCCUAUGGACAAUUUGACUUUAAAGUAAUUACCCGUGAGUAGAGCUGAAGCGGAAGAAUUGGAUUUCUAAAUGUUUAAUUUGGUACCGUAACGGGGAGGUUCAAAACAGGAAUUCCGCCUCCCCCUUUUGUAAAUAGACUGAGGCAAUGAAGUUGCAAGCUGGAGUCCUGGAAGGUCUUUCGUAAAAGAUCAAAUUUCCAACGGUAAAGAACAUUAAACCCCCUCUUGGAGGCAGGAGAAGAGAGGGGGGGUUGCGGAUAGAGUAUGCUUGUGCGAGAGAGCGAAGAGACUUAAAACACCACCGCUCUGACCCUGGAAACGGGCUGCUGGUGGACUGACGUCUUUUGGAAUGUUCAUUGACAGCGUUGAGAACGUUCAUUGACAGCUAGUUAAAUAAGAGAAAUACAUUGUUUCUACUGUCUCCGGCUGCUUUAAAAAGGAGUAAAAGUAACUGAAAAUUGAAACUAAUUUGAAACUAAUUUUGGAUUGUUUAAAAGAGGAUACUAUUGACUAUUACAAAUAGAAACUGUUUCCCCCUAGUGGAAGCCUUUGAAACCGUACAAGAGCUGGACUAGGGGAAUUUCCAGCUGCAAGUUAAAAACCGUGAGACUCUGGGACUGACCUUGAAUCUUUUAAGUGUUAUGGUAAAUGGAAGAGGAAAAACAGACCAGUCAACUGUUGACAAAACAUUAAGGUCUGGGAGGACUUGGUAACAAUCCAGGAGAGGUCUAUUAUUAGGCCCUCCUGUUCUUUUUGUUGCUGUCUUUGUACUAGUAUAUUUGAAGCCAAGAGGAAUGUCGACAGAGGAGGCUUUGGUGGCUGUAUUGUAUAAGAUAAAUGACUCAUUGGAUCAGCUUCACAGGAAAAUGGACAUGAUAAAUGCGAAAGUGGAUGUUUCAGUUGUUGAGGUUGACCUGAAUGCAGGGAGAAUGGACAAUACCAAUACAGAAACCACCCAAGGAUUGAUGCAGGAACCUAUUUUGAUGUGGCGGGCUGUGGAGGAGGUCAGGGAGGGAGCUGUUGCUGCUGAGGGUAGAGUGACACAACUGGAGAGAAAGAGAAAGAGAGCCCCAGCCCUGCAGAGGCAAUUUGAUGAACAUAAGUUGACGCUUGCUAUGACUGAACUUAAAGAAAAACAGACGAAUUUGAGGACCUUUGGUGGACAUGCCCAAGGAUUAAGACACUCUGGGAGAUGAUUCAUAAUGAAAUGAAAAAGGUAUUUAAAUAUACCCUUUUGAAGAAACCAGAGGCCUUUCUCCUAGGCAUAGUCGGCCAAUUGGUGUUAAAGAAGGAUAGAAUUUGUUUCGUGUAUGCAACAAUAGCAGCAAGAAUACUCAUUGUGAAGUACUGGAAGACACAAGAUUUAUCCAUUCGGGAAGAAUGGCAGAUGAAGUUGAUGGACUAUAUGGAAUUGGCGGAAACGACUGGCAGAAAUCCGAGACCAGGGAGAAGAGCUGGUGGAAGAAGACUGGAAAAAGUUUAAGACUAUUUAUAGAAACACUGUAAAAAUAUUGAAUGUUAGAAAAAUGUUGGAAUGAAGUUAUAUGGCUUUAGUAGAAAUGUUAUAAGGAAUCAAGUAUAAAUAGAUUAAUAGUGUAUUAAAGGGAAAAUAAGGCUAGAAUAUGUUAAAAUAAUUAUAGGAUAGAAAACAGAGGAAGAUGGAAAGGAAUUGCUGAAAUAAUUAAUAGAAGUGGAAAACAAAAAGGGAGGUGUGAGGAGGUCGUGGAAAUAAGGGAAUGAAAGAUAAGACAUUGAAAUUAGUUCUGUGUUUGAAAUGGUUUGUGUUUUGCUUUGUUAGUUUUAUGUUUUUCUCUUUUUUCUUUUUUUGUUCUUUUUUGUCUUUCUGUUUUGUGGUGUUUAAAUGGUUGAAAAUUAAUAAAUAUUAUUUUUUAAAAAAAUAAUGAUUACCUACUGCCAUAUAAGUAUGCCUGCUUUAUUUACUAUGUAAUUUUAGAACUUGCCACUGACCCGUCUUACUGUGCUAAUGUAUUAUUUGUUUGUAGUGUUAAAUUGCUUGUUGGUACUGAAUUAUUUUUCUGGUGCUGCUGUGUGCAUUUACUACUGUAUGUUAAGAUAACAAACUGGCAGCGUGGAAGCUCCCAUAUGGACACAACCCUAGAUAACAACAACAGACAACACUUGUCCUAAAAGUUAACAAAGCCCUAAGCACAGCAUGCUUUCUUAAUGAUUCUUUGAAAGUGAAGGGCAGUCAUUUUUAGUUUCGACCAAUACGGAGUUCUUUAUCGGAUUUGGGGUGGAUAAAAUACUACACUAUCCAAAAAUAAAAUCAAUGUUAUUGCCAAAUCAGAAGGCCAAAGUAAACAGGAGAAAUCUGUUUCAUAGCACGGUCUUUCUGCACCAAGCAAUGGAAGAAUGUCAGAUCAUCUGUUAUAUGGCUGACUCAAACACACCAGCUUUUCACACUAAUGUGGUGCUGUAUUUUGUUGAUGACCCACAUUCCUUCCCGUCCAACUGGUAUCACUCUCUUGUUUACUCUAGCUCAGUCUCAGGAAACCAAUAAUGGAUUACCCCACACAGUUGUGGAUUGAAAUGUGAGGAGGUUUCAUGCCUUACCCAAACUCCACUGCAAAAUCUAAAAUUAUUCUGAGCCCUGCAAACACCAUCAUUUCUGCAAACACCCGCUUUUCUUAUAUCACACACAUCUUAGAGAGGCCACUGAGGAAAUGGUUGGAUGCUCAGUUUUUCUUCAUUUCAUUUUUUUUUUAAGCCUGAAAUUUCUGUUGGCGGAACAAUGCACUCUGAACAUGUGCAGAGGUACUCUCAGUGUAUGAUUGUUCCACUGGUCCAUAGUUGAACCCUGGCUUUUGAGAGUGCUGAGCGCUGACUGAACAUUAUGCAGUGGGGGGUGUUUCCCCUGUACAGGACACCGAGCUAAAUGGGGCUCAUAAUUAUAAUAUUUAUAUGAGUGCCUGCUGAGAAGAUUCAUAAAAGCAACUGUACUAAGAGGAAUUAUUGUGAAAAUAAGAAUUUUUGAGGGGAGGGGAGGGAAUUUUGUCCUUGCUCAGGGAGCCAUAUUACCUAAGUCCAUCCGUGCUUUAUGUUCAUGUAAUUGAAAUUCAGAGGGUUGCAUCCAAUGCUCGGUGUGUGUUCAGCUCCCCUGGUGCAAUAGCACUUCUGUUUCCUCUUCUUCCCCUGCCCAUCCCCUCAUACUGCUCCAAAGGGCCCCAAUCAUUCACAGGACUGCAAGGGGAGAAGCGGUUCUGUUGCGGGUGCAGAAGUCCAUUGUGGCAGCCAAGCUGCAGUGUUGGAUACCACCCACAAUAUCCCAACUUUCUUAUUAAAAUCUCAUAAAAAGGAAGGACAAAUGCUUCCCCACAGUUUGUUAAUCUUUCCUGUUCACUGUUGGUAUUGUUCCUUGUGCCCAUGUUGUCAUUUGAUGACACUCAUUCAUUUUCUGGCCUUGUCUCCUCUGCCACCACCAUUUUCAUUAUCCAACACCUUUGCUACAUACUUCUGAGCAUUGUUCACUCAGUCGAGGAUGCAACAACAAUGUUGUUGUUUAGUCAUUUAGUCGUGCCCGACUCUUCGUGACCCCAUGGACCAGAGCACGCCAGGUACUCCUGUCUUCCACUGCCUCCCGCAGUUUGGUCAGACUCAUGCUGGUAGCUUCGAGAACACUAUCCAACCAUCUCGUCCUCUGUCGUCCCCUUCUCCUUGUGCCCUCCAUCUUUCCCAACAUCAGGGUCUUUUCCAGGGAGUCUUCUCUUCUCAUGGGGUGGCCAAAGUAUUGGAGUCUCAGCUUCAGGAUCUGUCCUUCCAGUGAGCACUCAGGGCUGAUUUCCUUAAGAAUGGAUACGUUUGAUCUUCUUGCAGUCCAUGGGACUCUCAAUAGUCUCCUCCAGCACCAUAAUUCAAAAGCAUCAAUUCUUCGGCGAUCAGCCUUCUUUAUGGUCUCUCCAGCUCUCACUUCCAUACAUCACUACUGGGAAAACCAUAGCUUUUACUAUACGGACCUUUGUCAGCAAGGUGAUGUCUCUGCUUUUUAAGAUGCUGUCUAGGUUUGUCAUUGCUUUUCUCCCAAGAAGCAGGUGUAUUUUAAUUUCGUGGCUGCUGUCACCAUCUGCAGUGAUCAUGGAGCCCAAGAAACAACAAUAGAAGAAGCCAAAUAGACUAUUAUCCACAUAGUACUUUACAGAGUAAUUUAAGAAAGCAGGGUGCUGCUCACUCAGAGAGUGUAAGUUAUACGUAGAUCAGUGUAUAUAUGUGCAUAUGUUUGUUCAGUCCUAGCCCUCUUUAUUAAUAUUCCCUCUGCAGCUUCCAGUGCCACAUUCUGUGUUGUUCCAGGGCUUCCCCAACCUGCCAGAGAUUUUUCUUUUUUGGGUGGGUGUGGGUUAUUGCUUCUGUCUGCAGGUUUUCACAGCUGGAUCAGAGCCAUCUGCAGAUGGAAGGAGUCUUUCUGUUAGCCGGAGGCUAACUCUAGACAGAGUUGAGUGUGAGGGUAGGAAGAAAGAGACAAAUGCAGCAGAAGCAGCAGCAGAGAGAGGGAUAACAAGAUGAACAUGAGUAAAUACAGUGGUGUAUCCUCAGGCUUCAUUUAGGUUGCAGGCGAGGCUUGAGUAUCACAGAAAGCAGGUUUUGAGAAAUGCUUUGAAUAAAGGAGGAUUCAGGAAAGUGUUCGGGAAAGGGAAUUUUGUGUAUAAAGGAGUAGCUUGCCACCAACAUUCAUACACAUGAGAAUUCAGGUCCAAUGCAUCAAAUCUAUCACUUCUAAGUCUUCUAUACAUUCAUUUGUGUGAUCAGGAAGGGCAUUAUUCCUGACAUGGCUGGAUUGUUUUGUAUUCUACAGUCUGAGAAUUGGCAAAGAAUUGAUCUCAGCUUAGUAAGCAGGAGCAUGAUUGAUGUGAUGAUUUUUAAUAGUUGCUCGUCUGCAACUGGACUUAACUGUCAGGGGUCCUUUACAAAAUAUAGACACCAGCUUGCAUCUUUUCUCAUUGGCAAAGAGCCUUUAACUAGGAGACUAGAGGAAUUUAGAGGAUGGGACACAAGAGAUUUUAUCCUGGGGUGAGGAACCUGCUGCCCUCCAGUUGUUGCUGGAUUCCAACUCCCUGACCAUUAGCUGGAGACCAGCACCAAACCUUAAACUCACAUCCUUGAUAAUAUUCUAGGGCUGCAAGAUCCCCACACUUUGGGAACCAUGGGAGAGACAGACAUUCUCCCCACUUUCCUGUGCAUCAUGCAAAGCAAAUUUAACACAACGCAAGUGCGGAAGAAUAAAACAGAAAUGCCUGAAAUCCUUUAUAUAUCAUCUCUUAGCCUCCUGGCAUGCAGGUAUUUCAAAUAAAGAGUUGACUAGAGAAAUGACAAAAGCCCCUCUUAUUCUCAGUUUCGCUGCAGUCAAAGCCGUUAUGUGCCAUUUCAAUCUGCCCUUCUAAACUUUGCAGCCGAGUUAGCUCUGUUAACGUGGUGGCCCUCACAUUAGAAAUCACAGGCUUGUGCAAACAAAGCAAAGUCCAGAAGGAAAAGAAGUUAAUAUGGGCCGAGCAAAGGCCAUGCAGCAGGAGCAACAAAAUACAGAGGAGAACAAGGUACACAGCUACACAAAGCCUACUUGCGAUGGGUCAGGCUGUGGUGUACACCCUGACAGCUUUUGUCAGGGAGCUGCCAGGAUGGCUUCUCUUCAUGGGAAUUUUCCUGCCAGUGAUUCUGCUCCUGCUCCUGCUCAUUGCCUACCUGAGGGUUAUGCUACGACAGGGUGAGUCAGGCACUACAGGGCUCUGAAAGGUGGGCAGGUAUGCAGAACUAAUAAUAAAGCAGAACGCUCUGAAUUUAACCUAUACAGUAAUUAGGACUAGUUGUUCCUUCGAAACAACACCUAAUCUCCUGCUGUACUGUAAGAAACUGAUAUUAUCCUCAGUGCACUUCCCCAGGCAAAGGCCAGUAAAUAUAUUUGAUUGUGUAAUUGGCAGUAUUGAAAGGGUACUUACUGGUGGGUGGGAUACAGCACUGCUUCAGAACCAGUCCCCACCCCCACCCCAAAAAAUCAAAUAGAGCUGAACAGAUCUGAGCAUCAAGCAGUAAGACAAUGGCAAUAGCUGUGUGUGUGUGUGUGUGUGUGUGUUUAAUAAGAAAGGAACAGGAUUUCUAUGUCUUGGGUCUCCCACUCAGCCUGGCUUGAUUUUGUCCAGCUCUAUUUCAAGUUUGGCACACAAUUUUAUCGAUGCAUUUGAAAUGAAAUUGCUUUGGGAAAGUCCAUAAAUCAGCACCGAAAGCUAUCCGGCUCUUGCCCAAUUUCACUGUUGCAUUUAGAUAUGGUUAUUUCUUUCUUUCUUGUACUUACAUAUCACUCCUCAGGAGGCCCCCACAAAGUGGUUCCCCGAAGGUUAUGACAACAAUAAGCAUCCGGUUUUUUUAAUUACAGAAGAAGGUAAAAGGCAGCUUGCUUAGACAAACCUGUUACUCUUUCUUGUUCCCUCAGCGCAAGAUGGUCCUUCAGAGGGCCUUGGGGGUGGCAGUUGGGGGAGGGCCAAUCUGGGAGCUGGAAUGGUGACAGUUUCUCCUCAGAGCACAGUGAUCAAGGUCUUUGUCCUAGGCAGUGAAUCCUGUGAGUUUGCAAAGUUGGGAUUUAUUUAUUUAUAUGCCCUGAUUUCUUAUCACUUGACGCUUGCUUAGAUUGAAUUUCAUUUGCCAUUUUAGUAUCUAGUCACCCAGCAUGGAAAGAUCUCUUACAAGAGCUCCUUACAAUUCCCUUACAAUUGUUUCUGCCAUUCUGAUAAAUUGUGUGUCAUCAGCAAGCUUGGUUACUUCACUGCUCACCCUUAACUCCAGGCCACUGAUGAAGUUAAAAAGCAGCUUCUGUUGGUUCAAAUGGCAUCACUGCCGUUGGCUUACUGUAACACAUUAUACAUAGGGUUGCCUCUGAAGACAGUUCAGAAACUUCAGCUGGUGUAGAAUUUGGCAGCCUGGUUGCUCACCAGCCAAGACUGUUUGAGCCAUGGGGGUUCAAACCUACCAAGGGGGUAGGCAGGAUUUGGGGGGGGGGGCAGGACCAAUGUGACUGGUCAGUUGGUUAAGUAUUUCUAUUGUUUUACUGCCCCCCCCCCCCCGGCUAAAUCCAUGCAUAUAACACCAAUCCUGGCCAAAGUGCACUGGCUGCCAAUUAGUUUCCGGGCCCAAUUCAAAGUGCUGGUGCUCAGGACCACCGUACCUCAAGAACUAGCGUAUUAACUGACCGAGACCCCUGCGGUUAUUAUCUCAGGCCCUUCUUUGUGUGCCUCCUCCAUGAGAACGCCAGAGGGCGGAGUAUAAAUAAAUUUAUAAUAGUAUGAAAUGUAUUUUUCAUUUGUGUAUAAAAAAAAUGAACACAAGCAUGAAGCUCUACUGCUGAGAGGAAAAUUUUAUCUUGCUGGUCGCCUUUCAGCAGCUGCUGCAAACUAACACAGUGUGCUUAUCCUUUUCAGUGGACCAGGAGCUCUACAUAAUGCAUAAUCCCCCUGAUGCUGCUGCCAUUGAAGCCUAUGCCAAAUACUACAAACGGGGAAACGGUAAAAGGAAACCAAGAUCAUCCUAAGAAAUUGGUAACUUCCAGAUACAUAGUUUAAAAUUGGCUAUUUACUCCAGAAGUUUAAUAGCUGUUUAAUGUUAUGCAAAAACUGGGGGUAGAUGUGCGAGGGAAGUUGAAACAAUUUGUUCUUUUAAAAAGGUAUAAAUGAAUGGGGUUGUUAUCUAAAAAUUGGAUUUUAACCUUAUAUUAGGAAUCAAAAUAAUUAACAGCAGAAAAUGUUUUCAUGCAAAAAUAAUUAUGCACAAAAUGGAAAACUGGACUUUUCUUCCAUUUCUCUACCACUUAAAAAAAUCUCUCUGCAGUCACAAAUGUUGGAAAUACAGUGAAAUGUUGUUCUUGUACAAGAGAGUAUAAUACUGCUUGUACCUGAUGACAUUAUUUAGACCUAAUGCAUUUCUUAGGGCUUCUAUAGGGUUUUGUGUUUGUUUUGGAAAUUGCAGAUUUGCAACACUUUCAACUAAAGCAAAGAGGUUUGGUAGGAACCUUGUACUCAAAAUGAAUUGAAAUUUGCUGGCGAAAGACAAUUCUUCUUGCUACUGAGAUUUCGUCUAUGAUGUGAUUAUGGCAUUGCUGCAUUGAAGAACACUUGCUAUAAUGGCAUUACAGUAGCAAGAUUGUUCUACGAUUCUCUGUUGGGGACGCUGUAGUAGUGGAGUUUCAGGGAGCAGUUGGGGAGUUGGGCAACUUGACCUCUAGGAGGACAUUCAGUUAACAGCAUGACUCUUCCCCACUGGGCUGGAUAGGCAGGGGGAACAAAACCAGGGUGCCUCUUGCUAUAGGAAUGUUAUUAGGUUACAUAAAAUCAAGUUUUGUUUUAAAGACAUCCCACCCUCCUGAAAUGCUUUCAACCAUGUUGAGAAAGAGGCUCAAAACUGAUUUAUUUAUUUUUUGAGGUUUCAAAAUACAAAUGUGCUGAAACAUUUAGAGAAUAAACAAACUUUAUUUUAUAACAGUAUUACAGAAAGCAAAAUAUCACUUAAUACAACUUCAAGCUGCUAUAAAUUUAAUAUGGCAUCUUAACUAUACACAAGGUAAACAGUGAAGUAUGUGGGAAAGAGACAGUUAGCAGGUUUUCAUAUAGACCUCCUCAGUGACUAGCAGCCUCACUCAGCAGUUGGUUCCCAUACUACUUACAAUGGGUCCUUGGCUGCCCCCCAGUCCCUCAAUGUCCUGAAAACCUGUACAAGUUCAUCAGGUGAACUACUUAAAGACAACUGCUCAACAGACGUGUCAGUUAUAACAGGUAGACAAUGAGUUAUGUAAUGCAAGCAUCCUGCACAUGUAUUCAUAUAAUCAAAGUGUUUGACAUUUAACAUGUUAAGAGAAAAAGCACUAAGGUUUUAAGCUGCCUGGAUUAUCUUUGCCAGAAGGGAAGAGAGCAAAGUCCUUCCUAUCCUGUCUGGAAUGUUGCAGACGAAAGUGUCCACGAAGAAAUUGAACAAUGGCACUGAAGUGCAGAGAAGUUACUAAAACAGUGCUCAGUCAGUAGAAACAUCUUUAUAACUAUCUCUUCUAUAGUAUACCAGCACCAGUUCCCUUCAGAAAGUGGGAGAUCCUCAGAACAGACUAUAAGGAGUUUGUACAACAUCCAUACAAAUUUUAAUUUAUUUUCCCCACCAGGUCAUAGGAAAGCUUUGUGUUUUCUUUUAAUACAAGAUAAUGUAUUUCUUAUAUUAUUUGAUGUUUUAUUUACCUGAAUAAUCUGAAAAAAGCUGUUAUCCCAUUAAGAGGCUUUAUUUGGAAACAUUUUGAAAAGAUUUAGUGAAAGAUUCUUUCCUUCCUGCACUUGCUAAAGUGAAAAGUGCUUACUAAAUAUUUUUGUUCACUUUCAUGCAAUCAAGAAAUCAGUUAUAUAAAAUGUCAGGGAAACGUGGAAAAAAUAAUAAAUCUCUAAACCUCAUAAAAAGCCAAGAAUGUUAAGAAGUGGUUAUAAAAAUAAAAGACAUAUAUGGUAAAGGACCAGAGAAGAUAAGUUUUGGUGUCGGCAGUUUGUUCUGGAAAUGUCUGGUCAUUGUCACCAGGCUUGGUGAAGUCAGUGAAGUAGCGGUGGGGACACCGACUUGAAUGAUCAAAGUUCUUCGGUCACAAAUCAGUCUUCAGAAUUCUAAAGGAAGGCAAGCAGUUUAAUGUCAUUCUUUACAUUUAGUCACAGAUUUUGAAUACUAUUAAAAACACUCUCAACCAUAUUACAGCUUUCUUCGUGUAAUGUUCCUUUUUCAAGUCAGUCACAUGCUACAUUUUUCUUAUUUUAAGUGGCAUCAGACCUCCCUCUUCAGAAGAGCAGUUUUCCUUCAUUUUUCAAGGAGGUAGCUAAGGAACUCUCUCUCUCUCAUAAUGCAAAUAGCUCCUAAUGCAUCACCAUUAGCAUUCAAAAGGCCUACAGUCUCAGCCAUGCCUUUCUGCUUUCCCUUUGUGCUCUUCUUCCGAACAAAACUCCAAACUGGAAGGUCCAAAACAUUAUACCCGAGAUCUGAUUCCAGACAGAAUCACAAAAGAUGCAUUUAUUUGUGGUAAAGAACAUUCAAAUAGGGGUUCCAGGUGCUUGGUAGCAGCAGCCAGGGCAGUCUUACAAUGGCUGUGCUCUUUCCUUUCAGGUCGGGGACAGAGGGUGGCGCUAGGGGAGGAAUUGUCGUCGCGGACCCCUUGGGUCUGUGGAGUGCCACAGGGUACAAUCCUCUCCCCGAUGCUUUUUAAUAUCUCUCUGCGCCCGCUUGCCCAACUUGUUCAGAGCUUCGGGCUGGGCUGUCAUCAAUACGCUGACGAUACCCAACUUUAUCUGCUGAUGGAUGGCCAUUCUGACUCAGCCCCAGACACACUGACCAGAUGUUUGGAUGCGGUGGCUGGAUGGCUGCGUGGGAGCCAGUUGAAGUUAAAUCCUUCGAAGACAGAGGUCCUCUGGUUGGGUUGGGACGACAUGGGGUUGGAGCGCCAACUCCCAUCCCUUGCAGGGGCACAAUUAGUACCAGCACCUUCAGUCAAGAGUCUGGGCGUAACCUUCGACACCUCCCUCUCCAUGGAGGCACAGGUCGCAGCUACAGCAAAAGCGGUAUUUUUCCAUCUCCGCCGUGCCAAGCAGUUGGUCCCUUACCUUUCCUGCCCUGAUCUUGCCACUGUGAGCCAUGUGAUGAUUACCUCCAGGCUCAAUUAUUGUAAUUCACUUUAUGCAGGCUGGCCCAGAAACUCCAGGGGGUGCAGAAUGCCACGGCAAGGCUCCUUACUGGGUCCUCGCCAUGGGAUCACAUUCAUCCAGUGCUACACCAGCUGUACUGGCUCCCAGUGGACUAUAGGGCCAGGUUUAAGGUGCCAGUUUUAACCUUUAAAGCCCUAUACGGCCUAGGACCCUCAUACCUACAGGACGGCCUCUCCUGGUAUGUCCUGUGGAGGACCUUACGGUCCACAAAUAACACCUUGGCAGUCCCAGGCCUCAAGGAGGUUAGGCUGGCCUCGACCAGGGCAAGGGCCUUUUCGGCCCUGCCCCAGUCUGGUGGAACGCUCUGCCACAAGGGACCAGGGCCCUGCGGGAUUUGACAUUUUUCUGCAGGGCCUGAAAGAUGGAGCUGUUCCACCAGGUCUUUGGCCCAGAUCCAGUCUGGGACCUUUUUUACAAGACCUUGCAUGUAAAGGGCCCCUCUAACCCUUCUCACUGGCUCAUAUGAUCAGCACAAAUAGCUGGGCCUGGUGAACACUUAAUGUUCCCAACCCCAUAGUUAUAGUUUUAAUUUGUGGGUUGCCAUCUGAUUUUAUUCAGAUUGUAAUCUGAUUUUAAGCUGUAUUUCAACCGAUUGUUUGAUCUUAUGUUUUAAUGUAUUAUAUAUUUGAUGUUAGCCGCCCUGAGCCCAGUCUUGGCCGGGGAGGGCGGGAUAUAAAUAAAAUUUAUUAUUAUUAUUAACCUGGGAGGAUAAUAGUUUUGUAUCGGGUCUUGUCUCAGGCUCUUACCUUAUUCUCCUCCUUCCGGAAGAUCUGUUUCCUUAUGCACCACAACUCUUGUUACAGACAUGUCAGGAUGCUGUUCUUUGGCUUCUUUAAUGGCUUGUGCCAAUGCCUACGUAAGUAUUAAAAAGGACCCAUUAAAUAAAAAUUAUGAGGUAGUUUGGCCAGUAAUGACUACACUUCCUGGACUGGAUUUGUUCAGAAGUGACAACUGAACAGAGGAAGAAUGCUGCUCCUCCAUUACUGAGACAGCCAAAUAAAAAGCCUAGAGAGGCUACUGGGUAUUUUAAGUUAUGAGCUGUAAACUAUGUUUUGGUAUCUUACAUAUUUAUCUAAAGCAUUUAGAUCCUCCUUUUCUGGCAAACCUCACAAAGCAGUUUUUCAGCAAAACAUUAAGAAAGCACUAAUAAUAAAAACUCCAGAAAAGGUAAGAAACAGAAAAACUUUUUAAAGCACACCACAUCUUUAUAUUGAUCCACAUAGUGAGCUAUUUGGAUCAAUAUAAUAUCUAGACAGGAAUGUUUUAUUGCUGCAACGACAUACAAGCAUUAGGAGUCCGUCUAGAUCAGACCAAAUGACCAUCUAUUUCAGUAUCCUGUUCUCACAGUAGCUAAUCAGAUGUCUAUGGGAAGCCCAUAAGCAGGACAUUAGCGCAACAACGUUCUCCACCACAACAACUGGCACACUGCUUCCAAUACUAGAGGAGGUAUUCAACACCCAUCUCACUUAGCUAUGUCUUAACUUCGUUAGGUUCAUUAAUUUCAAUGGAUCUGUUAUGAGUAAAACUUAGCUGAAUACAACCCUGGAGAAGGUUCAUAAUCAUCAUGGCUAGUAGCCACUGACAAGUCUUCUCUAACCCUCUUUCAAAGCCAUCGAAGUUGGUGGCCAUUACUACAUCCUGUGGUACUAACUGUGACAAUUUAACAAUGUGUCGUGUGUAUCACUUCCUUCUGUUUAUCCCAAAUCUUCCAACAUUCAGCUUCAUUAAAUAACCCCAAGUUCUAGUAUUAUGAGAAAGGGACAGGAACUUAUCUCUAUUCAUCUUUUCUGCCCUAUACAUAAUUUUAUCCCCCUCUAUCAUGUUUUAUUUUCAAACCCUUUCCUAAUUCCCCUCAACAUGGAAUCUGACUUUUCUUCACAGCUGCCACACACUAGGUUGACAUUUUCAUCAAGUUGUCCACCACAACGCCAAGACCUCUUUCCUGGUGGGCUGCCACUGGUGCAGUCGCAAUCAGAGUAAGCGUGGAAUUAGGUUUUUGUGUGUGUGUGUGUGUGUGUGUGUGUGUGCAACACUUUACACAUGCUUUUAUUUUAGCCUUGUGUUGAUGCAGUGACAGGAGGCUCAUUUGUGGGCACAGGUCCUUUGAUAUUUGGCAUAUAUCUUGCACACAAUGUUGGAAGAUACCAAUUCAGGUAAGAAAACCAGCUGCAAGACACUGACCAGUAUCAAACCUAAUUGCCAAGAACAGUAGCUUAUGUAUUCACUGGUGACUGAGUACAUAAGACCACAGCAACACUAAUGUAGGGUGGAGAGGGUGAAAUUUGCUGAGGGGAAUCAGUGGGCAAAGAGGAUGGUGCUUAAUGUUUCCCUCAUUCAUCAAUUCUGCUUUCAAAUGCCCUAACUGGCUUUUAAAAUCCCCUCCUUCCCACAGAAAACCAGCUGGACUCAGAAAAGAAACCCAAACCAAGCGAAAAUGACCAAGGAUGGAGAAAACAAUCAGUGGGCACCAGAUUCCCCAUCAAGUCUCCUUGACAACUGAUUCUCACCCCCACCACUACCACAGUUGCUACAGCAAUUGUAGGAUUGGGAAUAUAUGUUUCGCAAGGUAAUGGAUAGUUCUGCCAGGAGGCACCUGUCAGCUUCCUUCCACACCUUGUUGAUGUGGGAUGUGGAAAGUGUAAGCACUGGGCAAUUAGCAACUUUUCCCUAAAGAUCUUUUCAAAACACAGUUCAGAGGUAAACAAAAUGAGUGGCAAUUUUGCCUUGACAGAUGCACACUGGAAACUCGAGACAUAAACCAAAAUAAAUAGCGAUCAGUUUUUAAAUAUAUAACCUUUAGGGCUUAACAAUAAAUGGCUAAGUAUAUACAUGCACCAUUUUGCUUUCCCUAUACUUUAUUUAGUACUUGAGCAUGGAAGAGUUAUUCUUCAGAAUACAGAGAAAUAAAAUUGAAAACAAGAUCGGAUAGGCAAGAAAAAAACUGGUUUUAAGAAAUAAUGCUUUCAAGGUUCCUAGAUACGGUUUCAGCUUUGACAAAUACUUUAUUUCUAAGCUGUAUUGAACAUCAUUUAGAUUAUAUAAUGAAGAAUGACAUAUCAGGGUUGUUCAAAUUGAAUAAUUCAGGGGUUCAAAUAUGAAAAAUAAAAAUAUUUUAUUCUUAUCAAGUGUAUUUUCCAUUUUAAAGGGUUACUACAGAUCCUAAUUUUACUGAAAUAAUGCUGGAAUUUACAUCUGAAUACGAGCACAUGUUUUACAUAAAUUUAAAACUCAGACAUUUACAAAGCUGAACAAGAUCUUGUGUUACAAACAGAUGCAUACAAUCUAUCUCUAAAAAGUUUACUUUAAGGCUUUAUAAUAUUUAUCCUAAGUGGAAUAUACUAAGAUAUGAAUUUUAUUAAAGCAAUUCUGUUGUCUGACCUUUCCAGAUUCCCCAGCUGUAUGUUUUUUGUUUUUUAUUUUAGCAUGUGCUGGGACAGACAUCCCUCAUGCCUAAUGCUAAACAGCUCUGUCAUUUAAUUUCAGGCUUCAAGGAGAGAUUGCACUUGUCACAAGCCACUUGCUACAGGCACAUCAAAAUCUGAAAUUAAAUUUACUCAGAGUCCUUGGUACAUUACAAUUAAGAAAUGAAAAUUAAAUCCCUGUUCUGUUAAAUUGUGAACCUACCAUCAAUUAAGAAUCAGUGCAGCACCACAUAGUAAAAACGGCAGAUUAUAAUUACAGUAAUUCAGUGAUGGUUAGCGAUUUGCAUCAUGAGGUGGCUGAGUUUUAAAAAUAUUGUUCGUGUUCUUAUAAUAGAACAUUUUUGACAGGGGAAAAACCUCAACUGCCUUAUGAGGGGCAAAAUAUUGGAAAGCAGAAUAUGAUGUGUUCUGUCUCUCACCUGGUCGUGGUCAAGGUCCGCAUCGCCAGUGAUAACAAUCCGCUUUUCAAUUCUGGUUUCUGACACACCACCUUUUACUGUCUAAAGAUUUCAAGAACAAGAAAUGUUUUACUUAAUCUUCCAAUGUAAGUAGCAGCUUGUAACUGAACACAGGAAAGGCAGAAAACCUUUUUCUAGUUCUUCUAAUGUUUACAGUUUAGUAACAAUUCUUAAGAUAAAAAAACACAGCACAUUAAGGCCUUAAGACUUAUUUCUAUACUUUCAUUAUUCAUAUGUGUAACAGGAAAAACCACACCUGCAGCACAAAACUCAACGUUCUUCUUCACUAUCUGGAAAUUCCAGUACCACUCAGUCAAAUGUGGGUCACAAUUUAAACUCAGUAAAAUACAAAUACGAUCAACAAUACUAAAAGAAUAUAUGAAAGCCCCACCAGCACAAAAUAAUCAGCAGCAUAAAUCCAUUAUGCACUGCAACCUAGAGUAGCAUCGAAAGACAAGGGGGGAGAGGGUUGAACAGAUGGUACUAAAUGGUAACAGUGUCCAUGCCUUCAUUUAGGAUAGUCAUAACUGCUCUAAACAUACUUAAAAUAAAUCAUCCUAGGUUAAAUAUAAUGAAAGUUCAAGGUUCCAGAAAAUAAGAGAGUCACAAAAUCUUGAAUUCUGAAUGUUUCAUUAGUACAUAUAUAAUGUGCCCAGAAACCUGGAAUAAUAUAACAUUUCACAGCCGAUUUUGAUUAAGAGCAGUCUACUUCUGUCCUGUUUUGUUAAAACAGAUGAGAACAGCAAACCUCACUGUUUUUCUUUUUACCUUUGUGAUGUGUGUGGUUGUGGUUGUAGAAAGAGAUUCUGAAGUGAUCGUCUGUGCACUCAACAGCACACCAGCAUCACCACUGCCAUCAAACUGCACCAUCAAGAAGAAAGAGCAAUAGUCAAUUUUGACAAAACAGGGAAGCCAAACUAGCAGCCUUCUUUUAAACAAAAGUUGCCUGUUUUAGAAAUGAAGACGUCAAGUGCAGUAGACAAUUCUGGAACACACAAUGUACUAAAUGUCAUUUAACAUGAUUCAGUCAUUAUUAACCCCUUCUCAGGCAGGUGAGGUCAAGAUGGCAUCUGAAUGAUGUUCUCAGAUAAAGAAGUCCAUUAGUUCAUUGUCCUAGUAUAAGCAGUGUAUGUAUAUAGAUAUUAUUUCCACAAGGAGAUACGGCAACUUUUCCUCUCCCAACAAGCUUACAAUAUUGUAUCCCAAAAAGGCAUUCUAAAUUAUACAACACCUGUACCUGGGGAGAUUCAUAUGUGAUCGUUUUAGUUUCUGUCUGCACAAUUGGUACUUCCUUGGUGGAUAUUUCAGUUCUCUGUGAAGCAUCUGAAAUGGUCACCAUCUCAGUUUUAACCACUGGAGGCUAGUGUUUAGAAAGACACAGAAGAGUAUGAAUUUUGAAGUACGUGGUAUACAGCAGUCUAUGAACUGGCUUCAGGCAACAAGAUCCCAGAUUCACUUUUUAAACAUUCCUUAGAAGAACUUCUAAACCCAAGUCUGAAAAUCAUGAACACACAAGAAAUGUUAAGUGUUCUGUCUACUAAAUAUAAGAAAGCACUUGAAAAUCACCAUAGUAUAUUUCCUAUGCUAGAUAGGAAUAUAAAUUUAAAUCAGUAGCAUAUAUAAAAAUGGUUAAUAAAUUAACAUACAAUCAGAUUGGUAAGAUUUAAAGCUUUUAAAAUAUCAGGGUAUACGAGCGAUCUAUACAGUGGUGAGCCCAUGGCCAAUCACAGCUUUCCAUUGUUUGAACCCAUAGCUUACAUCUGAUUUAAAAGCUGGCUUUUUUAAACUUCAGGCACAUAAUAUAUACUCACUGUAGGUGAGCCACAAAUGGCCACAGCAUUUAUGUGUUUCUGUCUUGUACACCAUGUUAACAAGAUAUGUAACUACUUCAAACUUUAUAGUUUGAGCAAGUACAUCAUAAAAUUCUUCUGAAACAGCCCUUACGAACAGUUUAAAUAAUUAUUUAUUAAGCUUGUCAAUAUAUCUUCAAUGAUCUCGUUGGUAUGACCUACCCUUAUAGAGCCAAUAGAUGUCACCCCAAAACCAACUCCAUACACUACUUCCUGAGUGUCACAAACUUGCUACAACUCCUUAUAUGGCAAUGUUUAAUAAAAUGCAUAAAUGCAUUUUGAGACAGUUUAAAACUUGACAAAUCCUGCCAAUGGGGACAAGAUUGACCUAGAUGGCCCUGACCAUCAUUACGAAUCUUCUGUUUCCAUAUUUAAUAACCUUGGGGGUGGAAAUGCCCUCAGCCACUCCAGUAUAACUAUGGUGCUCCACACACAUUUCUCUAGCUGGAUGAGGAAUUGCACAUGCAAGUGGCUCUGGGAAUCCUCCUCCAGUCCAGCUGCUAUGUGCACCAUUCUGGUCUUUUUGAAACACACACACAACGACGACAGCAGCAGCAGCAGCACAGAUCAGCUUUGGGGGGGAUGGAUGGAUGGAGGCGGAAUGGGUUUAGUCUUUCCUUCCAGAAAUAUCAGCUGAUUAACACAGUUGCUGUGCUCCCAAAUUGCUGUUUGCCAGGACCACACACACACGGAUUGGAACCUUUAACCUGUGCUUCAUUUACCAUCUCUCAGGCUCUUCAUUAUGCUGCAUGUUCUUAGAGAAAAUAAAUUUGAUUUAGCAUCUACUGAGUAAGUUCAUGCCUCUCGAGGACUACAAGUGGCUAGCAUAAAAUAAUAACUAUCUGCAAAGGACUUUGGUUAAGAGUAGUAAAUAUGGUAUGUGUGUCUCAUGGUGAUUUAUAGAAUGCACCAACUGUGCGUUCCUACAAAUUCUGGCUAUUUGUGUUUUAGUAUUUAGAUAGGAGGUUUCAUAAAAUAGGUAGGGUUUUUCAAUUAAAAAAAUACUUGGGUUUUAAGACUAUUACAUCAAAUGCAUAAAAUGCGUUUUCAUCUCAUGCCCAAGAAAGGUAACAUGACAAUUCCAAUUAAAACUUAUUGAAGGAUAAUAAAAAUCAAACUAGACAGGACAAGACUCAAACAAAUUAACACAUGCAAAACAAACAGAACAUGAGAAAGUAAAAAGAUGGCAUAAUCCCAGGCAAGUUCGCUCUUCUGGGUAACCAAACUAGUAAAAAAUUCAGAAGCCUUAACCAAAGGCAGAAUUUGACUACACAUCCAUUUUCCACUUUCCAGAUCUGAAUCUUUAUGAAAACCUGAAGAGGACAGAGAAGAAGAAAGGCAGAGAUAUUGAACCCUAGGACGAUGUGCCUGAUAAAGGAUCCCUUACUCUUCUACCAUUUACCUCGGAGCAACAAAUUAUUUGCUGUGAAACAUCAAUGUCACUAUGCGAUGCCUCUCCAUUUACUUUGAGCUGCUCUUCCACCCUCUCUUCUUUCAGGGCUUGCUUAUCCAGUUUUGCCGGGUGUCCCUCUCCGGGUGUCUUGGUGGAUACUUCAUUUGCCUGGACCAAUGUUUCUGUCACUGGUAUGUGCGUAACUGUUACUUGAACUGGACUGGCUUCUUGUGAAAUUUCUGCACACACUGUUGCCUGUGCAUUGUGUUCUCCCUCCUCUAUAACUUCAUUUUCUUCUAUUUCUUCUUUUAUGGCACCCUGAGUCAUCCGUUGGUGUGGCUGAUAUUCUCCUACUUCAUCUUCACUCUCACUACUGCUGCUACUUGAUGACAGUGAUGAAGAAUCCUUCUUUGAUAGGUGCUCCAUCUUCUGAGUUUGCCCACCACCAGAGACAAGUUGUGUUUUGCCUCUGUUGGUAUCGGCAGUGACUACUGUCUCUUCUAUCCCAACCUCUGCCUGCUUCUUCUCCACUACGUUCAGAGUCUCAUGCGAACUCUGCACAAAACAAAUGGAUGAGGAAAAACAAAAAGUAGAAAACAUGAAUAAAUAAAAUAGUGAACAUAAAACUAUGUGAUGGGUGGUUCAGGUCACAUGAAGAACAAAGAUGACUGUAAUGGUUAAAUGAAAAAAGGAAGGAAGAAUGAAGAUUCUGAAAUGUCAAAGCUUAAUGGACUAUGGCAAAAUAGUAGAACCUUAAUCGUUCUGCUGGCUCCAAUGGAAGGCUCUUCUGUUUGGGGAGUAAAUUUCUGUGAAACAAGAAGCAACCAGAAGACAAACAUAAAUACAAGUUUCAACAUCUCUUGACACAAACAUCUGAUUUUAUCAUUUCACAAACAGCACAGAGGGACUGAUUGCACGCUCACACAUGUACAGCACAAUUUGUUAAAUUAGCACAGAUCAAGUGCACAGCAAUAAGCACACUGAAAAUAUGCAAUAUUUUUUUAGUCCAGAGUGCUGUAAAACUUUCUACUUAUGAAAGCUCCAAAGUUAGCAUUUGGUAAAUCUGGAUUCUUUAGGGGGUUUUAUUUCACUUGAUUUAUCUGAACAGGAUACAUCUCUAUUUGAAACUUGCACUCUCUUGGCUUGGGACAGGUUAAACUCUGAAAUAAAUAUUCUACUUUAAUAACUA